UUUGGCUGGAUUGCGUUGUGCCGAUGCCGUGCGUGCGUGCGCGGUGGACUCAUACAUCUCCAUCCCGUCUCCAGCUGCAGCAGCAUCGGUGCCCCAACCACUUCCCGGAAAUCUGCUCUGUCCGCCCGGCGGGAACCCGCUGACGAAGCGUCGCCCGGCUGAGUUAGCCUGCCCGGCGGCGCAUGGACGCUCCAGCACAAUGGCAGGGGAUUUGGGGGUGCCUCUGUUGUAUAUCAACAACAGGUCGCAUGGAUAAUUCCUGCACAAUCCUACCGUAUCAUCUCUGCUUUGGGAUGCUUAGUGCGCCGCUGUCGGCUUGAUGUGGCAGGAGAGCCGUGCAGGAGCGGGGCUGCUUGUCCUGGCUGUCGACUGAAAGGGAAAACGGCGUGGAGCAGGUGCGUUCACGGUUUUGUUUCGCCAAUCAAUACCGAGGUGCAGGUAGGUGGGUCGUGCACGACUCCGGACUGUCCCAGAUAUCACAGGAUGCAUCGACAUUUUAAGUUGUGUAAUCGGAUAAUUCCAGUCAAGCUUGUGUGUUAUCUCAGAGAUGCGUGGGGUCGGUGCUGUGACAUUUGGCGUCAUCAUGAUGUGACAUUACAGGGGGAUGUGAGUGGUCACAGACUUAUGCUCUUAACAUGGUGGUCCAUUCAGAAACAGGCAGUAGUAGGGAAAGGCACUGAAAGUACUGUACUUAUUGGCCAGUAGUUUAGAUAUAGAGGCCUGUCCAGGAGUUUGACAUGGUGGGACAUCUUUUAAGUUCAAAUGUAGCCUUCCAUGCAUUUCACCAUUACACAGCACACUUGCAUUUACUACACUGAAUAUUAAAGUCUAAUUUUUGUAAUUCUCUCCCUUAUUUCCUAAAUGUCCUCUGGGUGUUUUGGCUCUGGUAGGUCCUAGGACAACAGCUGGCACAAAUUGAUAGCCAGUCCCCUGGCACAUAGAAAGACCUACUGGUUAAAAUAUGGGAAAUAAUAGAUUUUGCUUAAUACAUGAAGUGAUCCUAACUCUUAUUAUAAUUGGUUUAGUGUCAGUCAAGGUGGAAAAUGUAGAGACAAACAUGAUGCUGGUGAAAUCUAAUAUCCACAUGGGUGCUCCACUGUGGCAACUCUAUUCUUGAUACAGUUACAUCAUUCCAAUUUCCCUCAGCGAGUUAUUUUAGGAAACUGUACCACAUCAGGGAACUGGUUCGAGAAGUUCAGUCCAGCACAGUUGAAACGGCGACAGUAAGGGAGUUCAAACUGCGUGGAGCUCGUGUGUGAAUGAAUGUUGUCGGCUUUUUUAAAAAGAGAGAGGGGCGGAUUGUGGGAAGUUACUCAAGCGCUGCCUGGCAGGUGUUCCCGAGCCAAGUGUCAACCAAAUGCUGCCACAUUUCUUAAAGGGGAGCACAGGACAGAGAGGCUGGGAGGAAGAGACUUAGAAAAAGGGAGCGCUUAACCAGGUAUGACACUGAUAUCUCAACUUCUUUCUGCGAUUGAUGAAGAAUCCAGUACUGACAUUUAGAGGGUGGAUUUACCAUAAUCUUUUACACCUCAGUUGUGCAGCUUGAAUGUAGGUGUAUUAUUGGCACUGAUCUUGAUAUCUUGAUCUUGACACAAACAACCUUAUCUUUAUUUCUCUUCGUCUGUAAAGUGUGAGUCUUUUGAUAAAUCACGAGUCCAGUUUAGCCUCAGGUUUGCUCUUGUUUAACCUCUUUUCUGUCGAUAUUUCAUUUGUUUUGUUGGCAUCACUAUUAGAAGAGAACAAGACCUGUUUUUGCUUGAGAUAAUCUUAGCAUCAAGGAGAUUUGAUAUCUCUGUGUAGGUGUAUUUUCGGCACUGCUAUUGAAUGAUCACAGUUGUCUGAAUUGAGCAUAAUCCCACCCUGUACCAAACCUCAGUUAUCAUCCUAUCACUAAUCUCGGUGUGAGGGAUGUUUUUACUCUAAUCUGCUCUGCUGAUAUGCGAGUAAUGUAAUCUCACUGAAGGAAGCACUUCAUCUCUCUCUUUCUCUCUUUCUCUUUCUCCCUCCCUGACUCCCAGGUGUCGUGUGGCUGGGGGGCUCAGCAGGAUGGAAAUAGAUGCCCGUUUUCGUUACUAUUUCCAGCAUCCGUGGUCGCGUCUCAUCGUGGCCUACCUCGUCACCUUCUUCAACUUCCUCAUCUUCGCGGAGGACCCCGUCUCUCACAGCCAGACCGAGGCACACAUGAUAGUCGUUGGCAACUGCUUCUCCUUCCUGUUCAACAAGUACCCCAGCCUCGGAUGGAACAUACUGAAAGUAGUGUGCUGGAUCCUCGCCAUCAUCUCUGGCCUCCUAGCCGGGAAGUUUAUAUUCCACCGCCAGCUAUUUGGUAAGUCAUGCGCACAGUAAUGCAGAGGAAUGUGCAGAGUAAUGGUUCUGCUGAGAGGAAGGAACCUAUCCUCCUGAGUUGUUUUUGUUUUGGCUGUUUCGCUCUCAUCCUGGACUUUGUGAAUAGCAUCUCAAUGAAAGAAAAUAACUAGUGGAAACAAACAGCUGUCACAUUUGUAUCCGUGUAUCUACAUCAACCCCUUCUUGUACAAUGAUUUUCCUCUUUUCAUAACGAUAAUAAUAAUAAUAAACUUUAUUUGUAUAGCACCUUUCUAGAGCAGUUGUCACAAAGUGCUUCACAGUCAUCAAAUUGAGGCCACGAGACAUAAAAAUCAACAAAAAGUACACUAGUGUUCAAAGUCAUCAGCCAGCGGAUCCUGUUUUUAUUGACUAUGGUUUAGGGGAGACAACAGAUCUUAAUUUCUGAUGAUUUCUGUAUAAAUUUGUGAGGUGUCGAGCAUGAUGGACAGUCAAUUUUUUUAUUGUUGGGCGAACACUUUAAAACUAAAUAGCAGUUUUUCAUCUAGCAAUAUUCAUCUAGACUUCACAGAAAGUCAAUACAAAGAUGUAAAUUCACACAGCAUCACUUGCAGUUUUUCCCAGGAUCAGAUCCGAAUCAAGAUGCUCCUCAUGUCCUGACUUUGCAGUGUUGCCUGCAUAUUGAUGGCUCCUAUGUGGGCCGCUCUACUAUACUUUCACCUGCCCUAGUGUGAUCCUGACCAAUCAUUUUUACACUUUACUCUUUAAAGUCACAUUCAAUCAUAACCCAUGAUCAGUGAUUUAGCUGAUGUCUUGUCGCUCUCUGCUUCUCAUGUCUGGUGACAUGUAAAGCCUGACAUGUGCUCUGCUGCAGGUGAUCUGGGAAGGACAAGAGAGGUCCAACAGUUCGCCUGUUAAUGCACUGUAGGAGUGCCAUGUCUCAUGUUAAAUACAAACCUGAUUGUACUGCUGUUUUACAGGUUUAGUGCUGCUAGCUGCUGCCUAUGAAAUUCUUCUCUCUUAGUGUUGCAGUGUUUUGAACGACUAGGUCAUUGACAAGCCUUGUCCAUCGUUGUGAUUACAAAGCAUUUAGUGAAACAUGUCAACAUGAAAACUGUGGUAUUUGUGUGUCUUUAUAAGAAAAAGCUGCUAGUAAAUCCUGUCAAGAGAUUAUGCAUAAAGAGGAAUAAGAAGCACAGGUUAGCCUAGCAGUUCAAGCUCACACCCUAUCUAUUGAGGCUGUAACACUUGUUGCACUUUCGCCUUUCCCCACAGAGCUUGUCUCUCUUCAGCUUCCGACAUCAUAGAGGCAAAAAUGCCCAAAAAUAACUUAAAACUGAAAAAAAUAGGAAAUAAUAGUCAGAGGGAAUAUAGAGAAGAAAGCUAUUCAUAGAGCGUGUUUGUGAGAGAAAUGAGACGAAGUAAGUUCAGCAAAUUGAACACAAUAUAUCAGUCACCUUCCUCUGAGUUUUAGCUUCAUCCUGUGGCAAACGCAGCUUGCCAAUAUCACAGUGGUGCUAUGAGCGAUACCAUCUUCUCUUCUCUGUAUUUUCUCAGCUUUCUGCAUCAUGGUAGGACUCAUACAUCUAAAGAGAUUGCAGCCAUUGUUAGCUCUUGUUUUUACCACUAAUGUGUUUCUACGUUUAUUACCCCAGCAACACAACAUCUUUUAUUGCCACGGGCUUCAAAUUUCAAAGUCAUUACUCUCACACUCCCUUACCGUCUCACACCUCCUUGAUAUUUUUCCUCUUCUUUUUCACCCACUGACUGUUUUUCUCACCUCUUUUUACAACUCCAACCUUUUGUCUCUUGUCGAUCUCUCAACAGCCCGACUCUUUCCAUUACACUCUCCUCUCAUGAGGCCGUGACUCCUAUCUCAUCAGCCCUUUGUUUGUUUACACUGUGCAGCAGUUCACCGUGCUUUUUAUUCAACUCACGCAUUUCAUUUCCUACACACUUCACAACUCACUUAGCCCCGGAUAUUAUGGGCCAUCCUGGCUUAUCUCCUUGGGAUGAACUGUUAAUGACUAUAAUUGGAGGGCAUAGAAAGAGAGGAGGAGACGUGGGGAGGGGAGUUCUUGGAGUGAUCAUCUCCUCAGAGCAUAAAUAGAAAGCGAAGAGUGCAUGGUGACCUGAUACUUUCGACAAAUACAGACUCUUCACAGAGAUGGGAAAUGGAAAACAUCCUAGUAUACCCUGGUUUUGAGAUAUCGGCUCUUCUGUUUACACAUGCCAGAUGUUUGAUUCAAUGUGCAUUUAGGGCAGGUUACAGGAUGGUCUUUGAAUAUAGAGUCCAAGAAAAGAAAAAGAAACUAGGAUAUUGAAUUGAUAAUGCUUAAAAAAGUUUUAUUUCAUUACAGUUUAUUAUCAGUUUUAAAAACACAAGUCAGGGCUGAACAGGGGUGUGUCCAGAGGCUUGGGUAGGGGUGGCAUGGGCCCCUUGUAUUGUUGAUUUUUCACCCACAAACAAAGUAAUAUUGAUCCUCUCAUGUGACUUUUGCAGCAUAUUGAAUCUGUCUUUUCUCUAAAAAUGAAGGACUUCUGCUUCCACUCAAGAACAGACAGGAGGAAUUUUAUUUCCCCUUUCUCUAUUUACGGAGCCAUGAAGACAUUCAACAGUGAUUUCCUUUUCCAGGAAUAAGUCUGUGGCUGGAUAAUCUGAUGAACAUGCCGAUUCUAAGGACUAUUUGUAGAAAGUGGAUCAAAUGAAAACUUUUUAUAGUCCUCGGAUUAUCCAAAGAAACAGGGACACUGUUUCUGGAAAGAUAGAUUAUUAGGCAGAAAAAACUCCAGGGUAGUACAAGCCAAACAGAACACAAUCAAUUCAAAACCAAUAUGGAUGCAGUAUUCAUUAUUUGCACAAACUGUUUUUCUCUGCUGCAGUUUCCUCAUUUGCAUGACUCAGAACAGCUCUGUUUGAGGUCCAGGCCCUGAGUAUCUGGAUCAAAGUCUAUACAUUUCAAGGUAAAGAGGACAACAAUAGUGCAUCUCAUUCUGCUGCCAGAAACCACGAAUGUGUCCCAACAAGCUUCCGAACAGAUGGUUUGUGUCAGACUUUGAUUUUAAACACGGAGAAGCUGUUUUCAAGACGAAAGCAAAAAGAGUCUGGAGAGGCGGGAUGUGUCCUGCUCAUUUCAGUAAAGCGGUUAUGUAAUCACAACCCAGGUAGAGCAUAAGAGCUCUACUAUAGCAGCUAACCCACUGUAAAAUUUAUCAUGUCACAGAGGCCCACAUAGCCCACCUACUGCACACCAUGAUGUCUCCACUAAAGCCCCUGCAGAUCUGUAGCUGCUCUGUGAUAUGUAGGCGUGCGGUGGGAACACUUCUGGAUACAAACAGUCUGUGCAAAGGUUUGAGCACCUAAAAAAAGGGACUGGCUCAGAGAGGUUUCUGCAAUCAGAUUUUGGAGAAGGUGUUUUUGAUGCUAUUUUAAAUACAUAAUAUGUUGCGUAACGGGUGUCAUUUCAAAAGCUUAGGUUGUUUGCAGCAGAGCUUAACUUCAGAUCAGAUUGUCACAAACCUGGAACGAACCCAGUUUAUGAGGGUGAAGACGUUGGCUGUGUCAUUUAUCACUCAUGAAGCCUUUAAAAAUAUCGACACCACCCAGUUAUAACACCUCCUCCUCCCCUGAGCACUUUCAUAUUUGCCACGGUAUGGGAUUUGCCCUCUGAGAAACCCACACUAACAUUAAUCUAGUUGUUGAAUUACAGGUUUCUUUGCAAUCCCUCUAUCCAGUUAAGUUUUCCAGUCAUGUUUCUACUUAGAGUGGACAGAGGUGCACACAGCAUUGUUCUCCAUCUGCCUCGGCUGGAGAGAGAAAAAAAAACAGUCUAAACCCUGGAUGAUAAAUAGCUUGUGACAGAUUAUGUGAUUUAAGACUACAUUUGAGGUUCAAGGAACAACCUAUGCUGUUCCAUUCAGCCUCUCAGGGCUAUGUGUGCUCUCUAAUGGAGUGGGCGCUAGCCAAUGACUUCUGGUCAUUCAGAGGGAGACUAGCUGUCGUUAUGCAUUUGUAUUAAAGCUUAGGUCACGCAGGGUUUGAGUUGUCUAUUUCACUUGAAGCAGGAUAUGCUUGUGGAUUAGAUUAAGCCACCUUUUUUUAAAUGUUAUGAAAAACAGAUAUCCUGAGGCAGGUCGUGGCGAAAGAUACCUAACAGGUUGCAGGGAUUUUUUUCUUUCGCUGAAAAAGAGUAACUUGCUAAACAUUUGAAGCAAAGUGGACUGAAUUCUGCCCCGUUAUUUUUAGCGUAAUAUAAACACUGUUCGAUUCUGUAUCUUUAAGGUUAGAGGACUGUUAAUCAGAUUCAUUUGAGUCUGUUAUUCAUGAAGAAAAGCACAAGCGCUCUGUUUUUUUUCACACAUGCAUAACAAGGUCACUCAGAUUUUGGGAUAACUUCUGAAAAAAGGUCAUAAAUUUAAGCUGGCAGAUGUCAAUCUGCUGUGAAGUCGAGAGGAAGUGACAGCAAUGGAUGCUUUAACCCUACUGACAAACUCCAUGAGAUCAACAAAAUAGGAGCGCAAACAGGUCAAAUGUUGUGAGAUUAUACAGAGAUUAUAUGAAAUCCAGCCUACUUCUGGACUGUCAAGCAACUCUGUUUCAUCCUGGUCCUGAUUAAUAAUGGGUCAUGAUUUCAAAUAAUUGUUCAAUAAUAAGAAAUCAAAUCGUUCAUGUGACCUUUAUCUUAUCUUUUUUAAUUCUUUUUACUGGUUCCUCAUUGUAAAACGGUACUACAACAACCUGUAGCACACCUGAAAACUUUUGUGAGCGAUUUUUAAAAUUUUGUUUUAAUGUUGAAGUCUUCAAGUUUCAAAAUCAUCACAAUUAAUAAUCUGUUUUUCAAGAGUGUCCUAGCCAAAGUGGGCAGCAUAUAGAAAGAAGAAGAAUCAUUAGUAGCUGGUACUCUGUAAAACGGGUGCAGCGCUUUGUGAUUCUGAGCUGCAGAAAAAUACAGAGUUCUGCAGCUUUUAAAGAUUUCUGUACAAAACUGGGAUCAAGUGACUGAACUAGAGUGAGUGUUUUAUUAAAAGGAGUUUAAAGGAGACAAAAAUUGGCUCAAUAAAAAAUGGCCAAAGGGACUUUUGGAAUUUCUGUUAUUCAAGGUCAAUAUUUUCAUAUUAAAACAAAAAAAAGUCAUGUAGAAAUCCAUUAUUUCAUGCACAAUAAAAUCUAAUUAGGUCUAUGUCUUAGCCAGCAAUAUGUUUAAGAUUAACUUUUAAUGGGUUAAUGAGAAAAAAAGGAGAUUUGAUUAGGGCUGGGCGAUAAACCAAAAUUUUACUGAUACUGAAAUCUACAACGAUAACCAACGUAAUUUUGCCCAUAUCAGUAUAUUUGGUGUCAAGAAAAUAAGUCAUAAAAGUUGGUUUUGGAUGUGUGUAGGUAGGCUAUGGUCUCAUGUCCGGUUCAAAAGUUGUAGGUGAGCAGCUUGUGGAGUAGUUAUCAUCCAUUUAUCGUUAUUGAGGUGAACAGCUCAAUAUAUUGUGAAAUUGAUUUGAGGCCAUAUCACCCAGCCCUACCUUUGGUUAUUCUGCAGAUUACAGAACGUGGCUAAUAAACAGGUCAGAAGAAUUAUUAAACAGCAUCAUUCCAUACAUCACAACUGAAAUUCCACACUAGCCAGUGAAUAUUUUAGAUUUGAUGUCAUUGAGUACAGGAAAGAUGUGUUUUUAUUUAGUAAUGGUAAUGAUGAUAUUGGUUCUGUAAGGGCCAAUGCUGAUAUAAUGCUGUUAAUUUGCUUGUUGAUUAAUCGGUCUAUCUCUAAUUUUGAUCUGAAACUGUCAUUGUUAGGUAGGUGUGACAAGAUGACUCACAACAUACUGCAGAAAUGACCUUUUUAAGGCACAGAUUGUCACUUAAAGGUACAUUUCACAGUUAAAAGAAAGCAGGAUGAGAUUUUUUGCUUCAAGAGAAAAAAAACAACGUAACUUGUUCAUGUAUGGGCCAACAUAAGUAAAGGGAUGCCAACACCUUAGGUCCUCACAGGAGCUUUAAGUGGAUUUUUUAAUGUCAUUUUUGGGGGUAGUUGACCUUCCAGAUGUCCAGUAUUUUAGUAUUCAUGCUCUGCAGAGACUUGCAGUCCCUGAGCAUAGAAAUGAUCUGAUGAGAGCUGAUGAUCUUUCAGCGCUAAAUCGAUUUGUCAGGUGGUCUAAAUAUAACAGAUUUAGUGUGAAGUUACAUAAUAUUUAUAUAAAAAAAAACAAUACCUCCUGACUUGUUCUCUCAGCAGUGAUGCAGCACUUCAGCACUGACACUCCACAGUAUAUCAUUGCUCUUUUCUUUUCAUCUUAAAUGCCAAUUUUAAAGUCCAUCUCUAUUAUCGACAGAAAUGACUCCUCAUUUCUCGCUCGUGGUGCUCCAGACCCACAUUAGCAUAAUAUAUUCACCUGUCUCUCUCCCCGGCUCCUAAAAGGUAAAUUGAAGGGUAACUCUGAGUCAUGUGGAGCACCUUCCUAACUGGAUUAAAUCCUGCUUUGCAUGUAAUUACCUACACUUACAAUCAAUCAGACUCUGGUCAUCCGUCUCUGCUCGGCUGAUUUAUUCGAUGCUUCAAAAAUCGCAUGAGGAGCCAAAGUAAAGGUGGCAGAAAUGAAAUGAAAACCUUUUUUUUUCUUCUUCUUUCGAUCACAGAGCUGUUAACGCUUGUAUUUUGCUGACUUGUGUGUAUGUGCAUGUGUCAGGGAGAGGGUGAGACAUGUCAUUGGCUGCUCUGUUGCUGGAGUGCCUGCCUCUCGUCCCCUUUCCCCGAUCUUGUUGAUUGUUGCCUGCAGGAUGCCAUCUGGGUUCUGUCAUAUGUUAUUACUGUGCCACGCAAAGGCUGAGAUGGCUUAUGUACGGAUUUGCGUGGCUGCAGGUCGGCGUGGAGUCACUGUGUGUGUGUGUGUGUGUGUGUGUGUGUGUUGCUUUGGGGUAUAUUAUUGUCUGUAUUUGUGUGCGUUUGAGAUAAUUUUCUUGUUUAGAGUGAAUUAAUGUUCCAUCUUUUCAUGCGAGUUUGUAAUUAAUUAGUCAUAUAAUUUAUCAUCAGGCAAUUAUUUAGCAACAGUUAUGAUAAUGGUUUGAUUGUUUAAGUCAUUUAUCUCACAAAAAUUACAGCUAUUAGCUCAUUCCAGCUUCUCAGUUGGUUGAAUGCACAACCACACUUCCAAAAGAGCCGGGACAAUAACAUGUAAAGUGUUCCUAAAACACAUUUUGAUGGUUUGCAAUUCAUUUCAACUCAAUAUUUGAUUGAAAAUUGCAUAAAUAUCACUUUUUUGUUAUGAAUAUAUGUAUGUUCAUUUCAAAAUUUAAUACCAACAACAAGUCAAAAAAGUUGUUGUUUCGCAUCGCCUAAACUUUUGAACAGCACUCUUCAAAUGUUUUCAGAAUAGAGGGGACCAGUUUCUGGGUUUUGAAAGGGGAAAAAAUGCCCCAUGCUAUCCUGAUAAAGGAUUUUAGCUGCUCAGUAGUACAGGGUCUCCUUUGUGGUAAUUUUUGUCAGCACUGCAGGCAGGCCUGUUAAACACCUGGACUCUUCUACUACAGGGCCAUACUGUUGUAUGCGGUAUCGUCUAGAUCACAGAUUGUUGCUCCCCAACCUGCGAAAGAGCUCUUACUUAUUAGUUCAUUUUAUAUUAUCUUCUCUCUUGCCACGUCUCUUUAACAAUAUAUCGUGUGCACUUGUGUGUGUGCGUGCUUGUGUGUGUAUGUGUGGGUGGCUGAGGGUGGGUGUGUAUCUUUGUGUGUGUGUGGGUCUAUGUGUGUGUGUGGGGGUGAGAGGGUCGGGUUUGAUUGUUGUUUUUAGCCUUUGUGAGGCACUUUGAGUUACAUUCCUGUAUGAAAAAUGCCAUAUAAAUAAAGUUGAGUUUAAAUUUGAAAUAUUGUUCAGUAUUAAUGGUUCCCUCUCAGAUGUGUGAACUAACCAAUGCCAUGGGUAGUUUAUAUCCCCAUACCAUCAUGGAUGCUGGCUUUUGAACUGUGCACUGAUAAAAAGCAGGGUGGUCCCUCUCCUCCUUAUAUCAAGUUUUGAUUUGUCAGAAGGUCACCUCACUUUAUUUGAAAUAGGCUCAGGUGAAGAGAAGUCUCUGGUGUUUAAAUAUUAUUUCCUCUUUUGUAUGAUAGUUUUUAAUCUGUAUUUAUGAUCAGAGAUUAUGGCUUUUAGAUAAAACUUUCAGCCUAUUUGGUGAUUUCCACUGCAGAGUCAUGUCUGUUUUAAAGCAGUGCUGCCACUUUUGGUUUUCAGUCUCGUCCCUUUUGUACAGGCAUUACUCUGAAUUCUCUUGGUCUUUUAACAGUGUUUUUUACUGGAGAUGAUGAAAUCCAGUACAUCGACAUAAUUUGUUUCUUAAAGUAAGACAGGCUGCAAUUAUAAUUUCAACACUAAUUGAAUCAUUUAUCCUCCCGUCCAUUAACUUCCAGGUUGCAGGGGGCUGGAGUCAGUCCCAGCUGUCACUGGGCCAGAGCUGAGAGAGCCAAAGGCAGCAAACGUCACAUUUAUGGAUUCAAGGGUAGAAUGGUUAAAAAUCUGUCUUCAUAAAAACCUUGAAUAGCUACUGUUAAUUCUAUCGGUCUAGAUUUUUAGUGUGAAUAUGAACCCACAGACUGCGUUCUGACCUAUCUUAUCUGCAGUUUUCUGCACAGUAUCAGCCUCAUUAAUAUUCAGCUCUCAUCAACCUUAUGUCACCCUGUGGAGCAACUUUAUGUUGUACACUCUCCUCCAGUUCCAGGUCGGUCUGUAUUCGUUGGCUUCUGAGGUUUGCCCCUUUUCUCUGUGAAUUAUGUAUGAUUGCUCUGGAGUCAGAACAACGCGGCGCCCUGCAGCCUGAAUUUUUACUUUUUGCUGCAGGAAGCUGCAGUCUCAUGGAUGUGGAUGCGUUUGAAGCAUUUUAGUGAAAUGUGCAUUUGUUUGUGGAUAUAUUUGUCUGAAAGUUGCACUUGACUCAUAUGGUUUCCUUGAGAAAAAGACAGCAGACUGCCAUCUGAAAUGUUUGACUCCUUUGGUCUUAAAACCAAACCAUAAUCUUAAAAUUGAACCGCUCUAACAGGCCUCUCUCUGAAGCAGCUGUAGUAGUACAUUGGCCCAGGAUCCAGCUCUCUGUGUCUUGUCUCUACUUGCUGCUGUGUCCCUGCGGAGGGAGCUCUGUUGUCAUUUCCCAACUCUGAUUUAUUAUCCGGACACUUAGUUACAGAGCAAUUCAGCUCUGGGGCUGCUUGUGGCUGUAGUCAUGGCUAUUCCCAAACCCCUGUGGUGAUGCUGCAGCCAAGCAAAUGUGUGAUAAAUGGGAAUGCUGGUAAGUAGAUGUGGAGACCCAGACGGUGCUGAUGCUAAGGCUCACUGCACUCUGAGUUUGUGUUUGAGGGAGAAUGUUCAUUAGGGUCCCUAAGGAGGUCAGGAGUGUUGUUUUCAUGCUUCGAAACAGAGGAGCUGCUUAUUAACGCCUAAAAUAGAUGAAAAAUAGAUGCAAAAAUCAGUGGGGCUGCCCUGCAGUUAGAGCAAAAUGUGUGUGUAUCAGUGUUCUGAGUAGCAAAAGCAAUGAUUGAAGCUACACUGCAGAGUCUAUAUACAUCCAAUUUUAAUUCUUAUCUGACCAAACAUUAGCCAUGUUACAUUUCCUAAACCCUGAUAUUUAUGUCUGAUAAUAACUUUUUCUGUCUCUCAGUGAAUAUUGUUAAUGACCGAUGUGUUAGACAAAGAUUAAUAAACUGUAAAAUUUCAGCCAAAGAUGGCAAGGAGACAGCUCUGAUGCUGGAAAUGCGUUUCUGCAAGGCCAAAGCCAAAUAACUUUCAAUUUAUCUUAAUUCAGAAAGCUUCUUGAAUCUCUCUUGGCAGGAACUUUAUGCUCAGUGGAAGAAAAAAAAAUCAUUUUAUGCCCCAUUACUCCACCGCCAUGAAAGUGCUCAUAUUUUUAAGGGCUGUUGUCAGUUAUAGGCCAUUAAAAUUAUCUUAACUUUCCCUCUCAACAUGGCGCCCCUGUAUCUAGGUUACAAACGGAGUUACAUGAAGACAACAACGCAUUAAAUAUCAGAGCUAAAGCAUGAAAGAUCCAGGGUAAUAACUGAUAUUGAUUAGAGUGUUGCAUAAAAAAAUGAGUGUAAAAAUUUAAUAGAUCAGUCUCACCGUGAGGAGAGAAGAAAUGCAAGUUAAAUCUGUGAAUGAAUCUAAUUGCAGAGGGGUUAAACAGCUCUGAAUAUUUGUGGUCAAGCAGGUGAAACAUUAACUUACUGACUGCUGCUUUUUACUUCAGCUACAUUUCCUACUCUUGAUUUAUUUGUACCCAUGCAUUCGUAACAUGCAGUAACUACAUGUCAACACCGCAAGCAGAGGGAGAAAAUUUUACAUUUUGUGUAAUCAAUUUCUAAAUUUUGUUCACAACUCCAUACAGAUGGCUGGAGGAGGUGGGAUUUAUGACCUAUACUGCAGCUUGUCACCAGAGGUUGCUAUUCUCGGGGUGGCUUCACCCAGCGAGGAGGCAGACGUUGUCCAUUCAGUCUAUGUGAUAGACUUAAUGGAUGGCCUGCAUGUUAGCUCUACAACAAUAUAACAUAAUUAAAUAAUCCUCGUGCCAGAUAGGAAGGGUGAUGACAUGUUCUCGACUCUCUCGAAUCAAACUUCCUUAUGAAAAUUUGAGGGGUGAUUUUUCUCAAACUCCUGAAGAGCUUCAGAAGACAUUAUACAUUUGUGUUCACAGACGGUUGAACUCGUUUGACUACCUAAUUAACCUCAGCAUGGAGAAAAAAAGUGGUGUGCCUCCUGAGUCAAGCAAGAAUGUCAGUGUUUCUAAUAUAAGGAAGAAUGUAAUUAUGGUUUGACUGUCAAGUUUUCAGGUAUGGGGAAUUAUACAAAAAUUAGUCAUGAAUACUCUCAGGAAAUUAACUUUGGCGUCCUGUUCUCUCUUAAAAAUUAAGGCUAACAUUCUUUUGAUUCCGCAGAUAUAACUAAAAGAUGGUUCUGCUUAUGUAUAAUGCAAGUCAUGCUGUAUGCCAAAAUGUGCAUACUCUGUACUUUAUUAUAUAUUUUUUUCAUUAUAGAGUUAUAGUUCAACUCAAGUCCAUUAAUUGACUCUUCCAGUAAGUCCCUGCUCUCAGACAGUACUUUAAAGUAAGAUGUGUUCACUGACUCUCCCUCCCAGGGCCACUUUGUAUUUACAGCAGCUGUCUCCAUCCUCUCUGAGCGUCACCGGCGUGUCAGGGAAGUAAAAGCGUGACAGUCUGCACUGAACAAUGAAGCAUGAGGACUGUUGAUUUAUUGCUGCCAACGUGUCGCCCUCUGUUUGCACUAAAUCAGAGAUAGCACAUUCAUUUUGUUCAGGUGAGCGUAACCCAACAAUUUACCCUGAGUACAUUUUUAUAUGCAUCACGUCUUCUUGUCAGUACAAACAGCAAGGAAGGGAAGAAAGAGUUUUAAUAUCUUAUUUUGUGACGAUUAAGUUUCAUGUAUUAAAUUGAGUAGAUUUGAUGUGAUAACACUUUAUUGAUCCUCAGAGAGGGAAUUCAGUUGCAGCAACACCAGACAUGUUAAGCAAGUAAGUUUUCAGGAAGAAUAAGAGUACAGAAUGAAACAGAAUGAACUAAAACAAAAGAAGACAAGUGGUACUAACUUCGAUACAAAGCUAUAGAUGCUAUAAAUACGGAAUUAUGCAGGAAGACAUGUUAUGCUUUAGGUUACAGGUUAAAGUGGAUUUCUUGGAUAAAGUGAUAUGGUAUGAUAUGAAAAAUACCAAUUAGUUAAUAUAAUUGUAGAUCUUAAGUUCAAGAUAUACUACAGAGACAAUAUUGUGAUUUUUCAGAUAACUGCUGAGUCAGGAAGUAUGAGAAGUAAAAGAAAAAGUCUAUUGAGUCAUGCUAUCCCACUGAUCAAUAGACGGCCAUUAGACGUCUAGUUUUUUUUUUUUUUUGACCUAAUUUCAACCGUCUAGAUUCUGUAUAUUUGUAGACGUUGCACUGUAACCCAUUAAUUGAUAACUAUUUAUUUUAAAAAGCAGCUGUGAGUUGCAUAACUGAUCUCGAAGUACUUAACCAAAAUAAUUAUAAUAGCCUUUGAGCAAUAUACGAUGUAGUAUAGAUAUAGCUCUGUUUGUUGGCUAGUCGAAACUUUGUCUAAAUUUAGAUGUAUGAAAAACUUGUCUAAAAAAGCCUGAUUUUAGACCAGUUGUCUAGGCUAAAUUUAGACGACUAUUAGACCUCUUUUAGACCAAAAAAUGUGCAGUGGGAUUAUACACUUUUUAUAGUGUUGACCAAGUGGGUACAAGUGACUUUUGAGAAAGAGUUAUUUGUGGAAUUUGAUUCCACAGUUUGAUCCAUGUUCCAUCCAAUUACAUGGAGGAAGCAAACUGUAUGACUUUUAAUGCACCGCUGUCUUUAUCAGCUGUGAACCCCCUUAUCAAUCAGGGGCUUCAAACCGCACUGACCAUGUGACCAAUGAGCUUAGUGUGUUUGCAUCAUUAACAAAUAUUUAAAACGCACUGAUCUCUUAGUAUAUGAUGAUAUAGUUGUGUAUCUACAGUAUGUAGAACAGGUGCAUUUGUUUAACUCGCUGCUUCUCUGUUUGUUUAUACUGACAUGUUCUCAUCUCUCGCUCCAUACUUCUGUGCGUCCUCAAAGUGGAUUACUGUUAUAAAUCUGCAGACUUGAUAACCUCGGCACUUUCUGGAAUUAAUGCAUGUAAUGUCAUUAGGGAUGCAGUUGUCAGGACUACCUUAAUCUCCUGAGACUGUUAACUGAUUGGGAAUUUGUUAAAUGUUAUUCUGAACUUCACGACCACAAGUACUUUGUUGCUAGUUUAUCAGGCACACAUAGUCAAGUGGAGCAAUGUAUAGGUUUGUGGGUCCUGUUAUUGGCUACUGCCAUAAUGGAGCAAAACCUGAGAGCUAGUUCAGGCAGGCAACUCAAGUUUAACAAAUUUUACACUCUCACAAAAACAUGACAAACUUAUCCAGUCUCUGUCUCCUCUUUGUUAUUAUGUCUAAGUGCUGUGCUCGGAUUUCCAGUCCCAUAUGCACCCCAGCAUCCACCUGUAAGCUCCGACUAAGGAGUUGAAGAUAUAGGAGUGAUAAGGUUGUUGCUUAGACACCAACGACAAUGUCCUGUCACCACCAUGAACAGUUCAAGGCAUGAAAGGGAGCUGUCUGACUAAAAAUACUAUAAUGUUCUAUUACAGCAAACCAUUUCAUGCAGAAUUUGUGAUCCUAUGUUGAGAUGUGAUCAUGUAAACUGUGUCGUUGAAUGUUUUCUGAAAUGCAGUUUUUAACUUUAGAUGAGUUUUUUGUUCGUUUGUUUAUUUGUUUGUUUUGCCAAGUGGCCUAUCCUAACCUGUUGAGUGCAGACUAAUACCUGGACGCUCAUCUUCUGUCACACUGUUUCAUAUGUAUCUGGUUAAACAUUACACAAUAUGACAGGAACUGUUUUAAAGGUGUUCUACAAAUGAUUUCUACAAAAUAGUACUGUACUUUGCCGAGUCGGCCAUAAAAUUAACUUUAAAAGACCUCAUUGUUAGGGACAUGAUUGGGGAAAUCCUCAAAAUCAGACUUCCUUUUCUGCAAUUGCAAAUCCCAUUAUUCUGACACAAAUAAAUCAAGAGGAUAUAAUUCCAGGUACCUUAAUAACAUCAUUAUGUGGCUUGUAUACAAAGAGAGUGAGUAUAACAGGAUUUAAAGCCACUUAAAAAAUAUUGAAGAAGUGUUUUAGGACAUCUAAUCAGAGAUGAGUGCUGUAAAAGAAAAGAAAAGUUUCCUAUUAGUAUGCCAGUCAACUCCCAGUUGUGCUUUAUCUUCUCACCACUAGAUGGAGACACAGGUACAUGUUUGAUUUUAGAAACAGCUUGACAAAGGUAGAUAUGAUCUCAUCCAAAACUGAAUACUAUAAAUAGCAUCACUAGGAUGUUUCUGUAAAUAUUGCAAAUUAGUAUUCAAAAUUAAUAGCAUGAUAUGAAGAUGGUGUGUUCCAUGUUUGGUUGUGUAGUUGAUGUGUGGGUGAGUCCAAGUAAGAAAGAGAUAUUCUAUUCCCCUCCCCUCUGUGUUUCUGUUGUAUUUUCAGUCUGUUUCUCAUCCAUGUGUGUUCCUGUUGUUGUUGCUGUUCCCCGGCGGCCCGGGCCUUGCAGCAGACAGCGCUCGUGAAUCACUGCUUAUCGGGGUCCGUUACUGUCGGGAGGUGCGGUGACUCAAACGGCUUGGCUGAACGGUCCUGAAUCACCCCUCUAGUUAAAAUCCUGCUCAUACAGGCUGCGAGAGGACGGCGGUGCUCACUGGCGCGGCUUACUGCUUUAAAAGUCAGAUUCUGCCGAUACACACUGUGCUUCUACAUCUAAAGCCAGGGCUCAUUGGCACUGUAGGCAAUUAAGUUCACCCAUGCAAGUCAAUUCAAUUAUGCAUCUGUGAUGAGCCUUGAAAUACCACAGAGCAAGACGUAUGGUUUUGGCCACACUGUGGACCACUCUGCAUUUGCAGCUCCCCUGACCAGAAACAAAAGUUGUAGGUGGAUUCUUGAUUUAAAGUUAAACCUCUUGAGUAAAAUUCAUACUACCAUAGCCAAGUUUGGGCUAACACUGCAGAUCUGUUGUUUACUUGGAUGAAACAACAAAAGGUUCAUUUAUUAUAACUGUGCUUUGACUCGACAAAGACCCGCAUCUCCAUAGGACUCUCAGCGUCUUUGUUUUUUUAUUCUCGCUGCAGAGAAAAACUAAAAGUGAGGAAGCUGAGAUUGAACAGCAUGUAAAACCAUCGCAGAAUAAAACAGCCAGGCUUUAAUGGAAAAAUAAAUGGAGCAUUCUGCGUUGCUGUCUUUCUGGCUGUGAGUGUUGUGUAUGUGUGGUUGUGUGCAUGCAGAGACAAACACAAUGAGCUCUCUGAGGAGCUGUAACUCAAAGGGAUGCUGACUGAGCUGGAGGAGAGAGAAAACAAAGAGUUGUUCCUGGGAAGAUGGCCGCUUCUGGCACUGGAUCACAGCUCACAGAGCAGCAGCAGAGAAAGAGAAAGAGAGAGAGUGAGAGAGAGCAGCGAAGUGUGUGUGUAUGUGUGUGUGAGAGCAAUAUGUAAAAUAGUAGAAAUGGAGGUGUACAGCCAAGCUUGCUCAUAGAGGACUUUUUUAUUAACAGUCAAUUGAGUAACCUUGAAGCAUGUGUAGCAGAGCUGCACAAAAAAAUGCAAUUUCAUCCUUACUGCAGGACGAGAAUUUGCAACAACAAGCACACUGCAAAAAGAGCUGUAUUCUUUACGAUAAACAAGAAAACUUAUAUAAAAAAAUGUGCAAUGCUUUCUCUCUUAGCAUGCAUGCACUUUACCCGAAUUGGAUGGAGGCCUGAGUUUAAUGGACACGCUUUUUCAUCAUUCUGAUGCAGUCAAAUGAAGCCUGAACUAGCUCUCAGCUACAUGAGAUGAACUGGUGCCAAUGAGGUGUUGAAAAUACUGCUUUGAGGAUUUAUUUUUGAUUGAAAUUCAAACAAGUUGCAAAAUCUUGUGUAAAACAUGGAGGUGAGCAGAUGGACCUGGAGACAGAGUGAAAGCCAAUAUGUGCUUUUUAAUAUACUGUUUGCAUUUUACAUAAUUGGCACAAUAUUGUGCUUAUUGUCACCACUGCAUGUUUUUUCAUAUUCUGCAGGUCUAAGGUGAAGGUUUGCAUUCACCAUGUAGUAGAUUUUUCAUAGAACCAUGUAUUUUUUGUUUUGUUUUGUUUGUUUUUUUCAUUGGACUAUUUCAGUAUUGUAUGUACAGAAGAGGAUGAGGGCCACUGGAAAAAAAAAAUCCAAAAGUCCCAAUUUUUUUUGUAUUAUUCUGAGAAAAAAAAGACAGAAUUCUGAGAUUACAGACAGAAUUCUGACUUUAAUCUCAGAAUAUUAAUUUUAAAAAAAUUAUAUUGGACCUUUUUUUUUUUCCAGUGGCCCUAAUUGUCUUCCUUAUGUAAAUGUCUGGUUAGUACAAAUGUAGAAAAUUAUAGAUUUUAUAACACCAUGAUCUUUUUUUGUCCGGACAGUCAAACAGAGCAGCUAGUGGUCUGUAGCUCAGCAAAAGAGGAAGAAUUUGAGGGAAAUGAAAUGAAAACUUUGGGAUAUUUGAAGAAGAGGAUAAGGUUUUUCAGCAUGCUUUUAUUCAUGGAUUUAGUAGACUUAUUGACCGAAUUUUAAUGAAGGAAUAAAUGUAUAAUUUUUGAGAAGUUGAGCUUGUUUUGUAUCAUCGUGAAGGCAAACUGUGUUUUUAUUCUGUUACAUUUUGUUUUAACUGGAUGUUACGAAAAGUUAAAAAAAAACAAAAAAAAAAAAUGUUAUUUCAGCUCAAGGCAAGAUUAUGAUCCAGAAUGAUUUGAACAACCUUGUCGUGUCUUUCUCUCUUCUGUAAAGCGGUUUUAAAACUUCCACAGUGUACAAGCUAAACAGAAGUCCCACAAAACCAUCCUACCAAUGUCCGCCUUCUCUCUUAUGUCACCCUGGCUCUCUAGGUCAAAAGCCUCAUAGGGUCUCAUAAAUAUUGAUCUGUUUCAUCUUGGAGGAUGAAGGACCUUGUUUUAAUCUUCUCUUGGCUGGUGUGAGGGACUUAAAAUCAGGAAAUCUCUGCCUCUUAAAGAAGAAUUUCAACCUUCUCUUCUUAUAAGGCCUUUAAUUAAUAAAAGAGCGAUACAGAAUCUCCGGAGUAGCCCUUUAAUUAACAGUUUUCAUUUUAUCUUUAAAUCCUCAUUGACCCACAUCUGUAUAAUGUUGGUAUUAACAAACUUCCCUCGAUUACACAGGCAGUGCAGGAGCAAGAUCAGGGGCUCUGAGAGCAGUUGUGCAAUUACAUUAUGCACACCUAAUUUCAUCACACAUGUUAUUUCCACAUCGCUUAGUAAUUGAUACAGAAGAGAUGUAGUGAUUUUUUUUUUUUCGUUCUGCUCUUACCAGGAGGAAUGACACCUUUUAAAUUAAAAAUCAAAAUAUAUUCCUGUUUGUCAUCUGAAGAGGCCAAAUUAAGAAGAACAGACCUUUCAAAUUAAAGCUACAGUCUUAAGAGCGCUGAAUGAAUUCAUGUUUCCUCCUCAGUCGUGUCCAAGUGCUGCCAGCAGAGGACAAGCCUGUGUGAUUGUGUGUUCUGUGUAAAGGGCUUUGACUCCGAAUCCAAUCUCAUGCUCCGCCAGAGAGAUAUUUUUCCAUAAUUUGAUUCUAAACCAAAACUGUAUUAAAAAAAAAAAAACACCACAGGUCACAAACGUUUGAAUAAUUUCUAUAAUCUUGCAGGAAACACAAGCGAGCAUCAGUGUCCUGACAGCGUGUCCCGCACAUGCAUGAAACGGCUGUAUGUGUGGAGUUAAUGAUGAAGUAGCGAUGGUUCGAAAUCGGUCAUGAAAAGACAAUCACUCCCAGACUGGGGAAGUGACACCUUAAAGUGGUCUUUCAUCUUAAUCCCCAUGUCCAAAGGCCACAUGCCUGACAGGGCAGCACAUUAUUGAUCCACGUGAUUAAUUUAUUUACUUCCAUCUCCAUUUUCUGCUGCUCAUACAUGUUUAGCAUGUUUGACAUGCUGUUUGAAAGUCACACACUGACAGCACUGUCCUCUGUCAUGCUUGCCCUUUUUUUUUAGGUCGAUACCUGCGCCUGAAAAUGUUCCGCGAGGAUCACGGCUCCUGGAUGACCAUGUUCUUCAGCACCAUCCUCUUCCUCUUUAUCUUCUCUCACAUCUACAACCUUAUCCUGCUGAUCGCCGGGAGCAUGGAGUAAGCCAUUCAGUCCUUCUCCAUCUCUUUCUCUCUGUUCCUCUGCUCCUUUUUUUUCCUCCUUCAUUCUCUGCUUCCCAUUUGUUAGUGACUGUACGCUCCCCUUUGGCUGCUGUGAUUGAUCUGAACGUCUCGCCUGAGCACAGACUCGAUAGCCGCCUGAUUAAUCAGCCUGGACGUUAAAUCACAGGUAGAAGCAGGGAAAGGGAGGGCGGUUAAUCCUGAAAGAUCACAUUUGGCAAUCUCACUUACCCCCCAAACCUUUCUGGACAAAAACAUUUUUUUUUUGCAGUUACUCUCUCAGUUUAGACCUUAGCCUCCCUCCUUUUACCUACUGAGAAACCACUGUGCACAGCAAAGCCUGACACACACACACACACACACACACACACAUCAAGCUGGUGACAGGAAUCCGUUUAUGCAUUUGCAAUGUGUCCGUCUCCGGGUAAGAAAACAUGCCCUUGAAGCCAUCCAGCCAGACACGAGGUCCCUUCAAGGUGAUUUAACGUUUUAGUCUGUUUUGGCUGUUGAAAUAAAACACACAAAAAAACAGGCACAGCAGGUGUCUGUGCAGGUACAAGCUGUCAGGAGGGAGGCCAGGGCUGUCACGGGAUCUGUCCACACAACGCUGCUCUCCUUACAAACAAGCAUCAACCAUCUAUAAGGUGCAGGCAGAUGAAGGCUAUUAGCUCGCAGGCAAGGUGUUGUGUUUUUCUUCGGCCGGAGGGAUGAGUCAGUAUAAUCGGCCCAUCUGUCACUCCAGCCAGUGCGCUGACACUGGCAUCCAUCUUGUCUGCGCUCUCUGGUUGGCCAAGGAGUUAAAAAAAAAAAAAAAAAAGGACAGGCAGCGAUAGGCUGAGCGGGGAGAGGAGCAGGUCCGCCGAGACGAUGAAUGUUGCUUACUCAGGGAAAAGUUACAUUCACAGUCGCUCUGAGUGCAGCUGUCACAGAGCGGAUCCUUCCUCUUUUACCGCCUUCAAAUGUCAAGAAAAGGGCGCCUUUUAGUCUGUCAGUGGGUUUUUUUAUCCUGUCAGAAGGGUUUCACUAGAUGACAUGGGGAUAAUACUGCAGAAAACAUAAUGAGUUAUUUUGACAUCUUGAGGGACGUGGUAUAUAAUUUACAUUCAUCUUACACAUACUCUCGGCUCGUAUUAGCCACAUCAGAAGUCCAACCAAAGCAGCCUAUUUAACACUUACAUUGACACAACACUCGGACACAUCCGUCAUUAUUUGUCUUGAAUGUGUCAUGCUGUGAAAUUAAUUAUUAAAUAUUGUAAGGCUCUCCUCCCACAGACAGAGGGCGCUGUUGUAAAACAAGUGAUUCCACUGCUACCAAGGCACCUGCUUUGUUUUUUUUGAAACACCCGUCCGUCCUGACCCCCCCACACACACACACCUCCCCUCUCCUGUCCCUCAUUCCUGCUUGUUUUCUUUCUGCUCCACCGAGGACCCGGGCCCUGCCAAAAACCAUUUGCGUUCACAUCUCUGUUCAAGGCCGACAUGUAAGAACAAUGUUCACACUCUGCCAGGACGCCCCUGAGAAGACGGGGACUCUGGUGUUGAGGCAGUUAAGAAGAGAAAAAAAAAGGUGAUGGAGUUGGCUGGGUGGUUUUGGUAGUAGUGCUACGGCCCUGAAAGAUGCUGUGAAACUUUAGUCUUCAGAUCCACACCCAAACAAUUUGCAUCCACUUCUCUGACCGUUUCCCUCAGCGCACACUGAGCUCCGGCUCUUGUAGUUUUCCCUUCUCGCCUCACCACAGAGCAGAAGUACAAUAUCCCUUUGUGGCUGCAGCUGCCCCCUCUGUGGAAAUGAAUGGUGUUUUUCCUUUUCAUUUGUCCUGAAAGAACAAGCUGCUGUGAGGUGUUAUUACUGCCGAGAGGUUUUAAAGGGUAUGAAUUUUGGCACGGGUUAGCCGGCUUUGACAUCCGGCCACGACGGCGCGCUGCAGGGGAUGGCUACACACAAACACGCACUAACAAACCACAUAUUGUUCACGUCUUGCUCUUCGGUCAUAUGUGUGUGUGUGUGGAGAAAAAGUGUGUGUGUGUGUAUGAGUUGAUGUCAAAGGGAUGGUGGGUUGGCGUUUGUCUCCCCGCUGUCUCCCUGACCUGCUGCUGUAUGCUGCCCUCGCCCUCCGCUCAUUAAUAUGCUUUUAAUUUCCUAUGACCUUUCAGCCGGUCUUGAUCUUGGUUUAAUUAAAAAGCUGCGAUACAUCUACGAGAAAAGAAGAUAAACCGCACAAACAAGGCGGUAAACAAUCACGAGAUAUGAGAUUGUAUGUUUCUUUAUGGAUGACAAGCGUUUAUCCAUGAUUAGUCAUGUAAAAAUGGAUUCAUCAAAGCCGUUAUCGCUCAGUUGGAGGAGAUUUCCAGACUGUGUAAUCUUACAAAUGUCCAACAGUGUGUCGACUAAUAUUUAAACAGCCUCCCUCAGGUCAACAGCUACCAACCUGUUACCUGGCUCAUAUCGGGUUGGGGGGUGUAACCCCGUCCAUCACUGCACCCCGGGGGCUGUAAUCCACACUUGUUACCCACCACUCACAUCUGGGCUAUUUGCAUUUUAAUGUAACUGUCAGAUUAGACGAGAGGAGGGGAGAGAGGGGGAGCAGCGGGAGCUGUUUGUGUGAAACCAGGGGAGUGUGACCGCCCAGGGAGUUUGACGGACUUCGUGAAUGUUCUGUCACGCCGCACAAUCCCAUUCCACCAUCUUACGGUGGCCAUUACCGGGCAAAAUCACACCCUAAUGAGGUGGUGUUAUUUAAUUAAGACGGCCUGAUGCGUGGCGUACACAUUAAUCACAGCUAAUUUAGAGGAAGGGGUGGUAUAGCAGGCAAAGGUGGGAGGAAAGAAGGAAGAGGGAGUGUGUGAGGAUGUAAUAGACAGAAAAAGCUAAUAAAAUGAGCUCUUUACUUGUUUUUUAAUUUUUUUUUACCACUGGAAGAAAACAUGGAUGAACGUUAGGAUUUAGGAAAGAAAAGGGGUAAGCCAAGCACUGGGAGGGUGGGAUGAAGGGGGGCUAGAGUCGUUGGAUGUGUCUGAUGAGCAGCAGGGAGGGAUGCAUGUGGCAUUUGACUAAAGCGAUACACUGAGCAGGAUUAGACCCCAUCAUUGUCUCUGUUUACCAUGAUCCUUUGUGCUGCGUGCAUGCUAGUCCCCCUCGUCUGUCUGUUUGCCUGUCUGGCACUAAGCUGGGGUAAUACCACGGACAAGUGGAUUUCAAAUGCUGAACAAAUACCAUGUUGCGGUAUGUAGAUGCCUCCUGUUGCAUGCAAUCCCACAUGGGACCUGCUGCUGCCUACAUUUCAGUGGCACAUUAAAACUAUGAAUCCUGUAAUCUUGGCACAACUGAAAGCUGAAAUCUGACAGUGACAAUCUGAAUCUGUUGGAUUUGGAAAGAGAUUAACAAACACAUGGUUUAGGAGUUUUAGGAAGAACAGGUUAUUACCUUUUUUUUUUCAAAGAUGAAGUUCAAAUCUGAUUCCUCUGUUAUGUGGUUUGAUUUUUGUUGUUAUAGUUGAUUUGGAAUCAUCAGGUGGCUCAUAAUAGGAUACAGUCCCAUAGAUUAAAGUAUAAUUUAAUUCAGAACGACAGAAUACAGCAUGGUACAAUACAGUAAAAUACAAUACAGUACAAUAAGUAGGGCAAGCAUAACAUGGAUUGAUUGUAAAGUUAGCGAACUUAUUUUCAUUUCCGCCCAACUGUCUUCUGUUGUAUUUCAGUCAAUUCACCUUUAUUUACAUAACCCUCAUUCAUUUCAUAAGCACCUCCGCAAGGAGUCAUGAUGUUGUAACAAGGUUGAGUCAGACUGUCCGGGAAAUCUGUUUGGAGCACCACAUUCGUUAUUGAAUCAAACAAGUCAGCACAACAAGAUUGCCACAGCUAUAUUCUAGGGAUGGGCGAUAAACUAUUGUUCAUGAUAUAUCGUCACUCCAUGAUAAAUAUUUGUCAUCUCAUGAUAAAUAUGAUAUAUGCAAGAUGAUGACAUAAACUCGAGCGACGGACUCGCAGCCAUAGCCCACACGGAGCAGAAUAACAAACAAACAUGGCCGAAGGUUAUGAAGAAGACGUUUCUGAGCAGCUCGUAACUGAACGAGGCUCCACAUGAGAAUGUUGAAAAUGUUUUCACGUUUGAGACAUGUUUGAUUUCAUUAGUUUUCUCCAUAACCUACCACUCAAACGUGUGGUGAAGUAUCUUAUUUGACUAUUCCAACUGGUGUUCUCAAGACAAAACAAGUCAAAAAUAUAGAUUGGAAUUAUUAUAUUUUUUUUAUCGGGACUUUAAUCAGCAUCGCCAAAACAGCAAAUCUUAUCGUGAUGAAUUUUUUAGACCAUAUCACCCAUCCCUACUUUAUUCCCUCCAUCAAGAUUUAAUGGACACCGGCAAUUAUACUGAUUUAUUUGUAACAAUACUACUACAAUUUGGUGCAGAGACUAAAAACAUAAUAUUGAGACUACAUUUACACCUGUCCGGCUAUUUUCAUAUAUGGAGAUUUCACCCUCUCCAUUUACAAAAAAACCUGCGUACACACCUGUACGUUUUCAGAAAAGUUUUUGUUUACUCUAACCCGUGUAUAUAUGCCGUCAAGAGCAUAUCAAACAUGUGGGUGGCAGUGUAGCGAGAAGCUCAAGCCCACAUUAGCCAAUCAGAGUCCUGCAUAGCAGCAACAACAACAACGUCCCUUCCUUCUUUCCUCUGCACAAUCUGCCGUCGGCAACCCAAAUCACAGUUUUUCUCUGUUUACAUGCAAACGUGCCAAUGGAGUUUUCCAAAAUCUCCACUCUGGUCGGAGUUUUUAAAAAGCAUCGUUUUCAGGGGCGAAUUCUCUGUUUGCGUCGAAGUCAAGGGUGCAAACGAUGGUUAAUGUCUCAGUUUUUAAAAAUAACCGGGUACGAAUAAAUGGGGCCUAAGUGAUGUGAAAGAUUCCAGAUUUUGAUUGUAGCUUUUUCAGGCCACAAAACUGGAGAAAACGAAGUUGGGUCUUUUUCAUGAAUAAAUUUAAUGUGGCUACGUCUACAGGAGAACAGGUUUAACGUUGGUGUUGCUGCUUACGUGUCUCCCUGCAGUCGAAGCUGAGAGAGCUGCUGAUGCUGUGUAUAAAUUGAAUCUGAACACAAAUUAGAAGUGCUAACAACCAUAGAUAGCUGGCUGGCACAGUUCAAUCAAUCUCUUAUUAAAACAACCCUUGCUGGAUUUUUCAGUGUUUCUGAUGCACAACAUCAGUUUUAACGUAAUACCAAAGCACCGUCUUACACCUUUUUUUAGAAACAGUUUUUCUGUUGAGAAAAGAGUUAGACACCUGUUGCUGUUUGUUAACUGAAAUAAAUGUGCUGCAGUUUCAAUUAAUUGACCUUCCUUUGCCUCAGUCUCUGUCUCUUUCAUUCUUGCACACACCCACAGCGACUUUCUGAGCUUAUCUCCUGCUGUCUUUCACACUCCUACACAUGCACAUUACGCUGCCAUCUGAUAAAUGACUCAUUACGUAUCUAAGGAGUGUAUAAGUCGGGUAAAGCUUUCCCUCCAAAGUAAUUUUCUCUUCUCUGUGAAACAGACUGUGUGCUAUAUGUAGCAGUGAACUCGGUCAUUUCCUCUCUGAUUAUAUUAUCCCCCAGCUUUCUGGGACAGAGGGGAGGAGCGUCAGCGGAGGCUGCAGCUGAGACAUACGUCACUGUCACAUAAAGAGAAACAGCCACAGUUGUAAACAACGAGGUAUCAUAACCUUGACAGUAGCAGCAGUCCACCAGGAAUACACAAUGUAUGAAUUGUAUUAUAUUAUACAUGAAUGUGAGCGUGUGCGUAUGAAAGGUGGAGAAGGUUAUAAAGCAAGACUGAUUGAUUGUACGAGCAUGUUAGUAUGUAGUACAGCAUAACCACACUCCAUCAAGAUAUAUCCUCGCUGUUUUUUCACUUUCACAAUGAAUAUCUAAAAAUUUACCUUAUUUUGCUUCCAUUGUUUUAAGGUGUGACAUUUUCAUUAGAAAUGCACCAAAAGCAACUCUGAGUCCUGAUUUUUUUAUCAAGAUCUGCCCCUGCCAAUUCAGGUCCAAUCGGCUAGUAAUUUUCUGUCUUUUAUUAACCAAAAUAGACAACAGAAUCAAACUUUGUUGUAACUUUUCUUCAAUGGAAAUUCAAAUCUAACAAAACAUUGACGGUAAAUUAACUAUUGAUUAAACAGUCCAGGUCAGGAAGCUGAUUGGCCUUGUAGUUAAAGUGCACCCCAUGUAUAAAGGCUGUAUACCUAAUCACUGCAACACUGGUUCUAUGACCCUCUGAUGCAUGUUUUAUUAUCCUUACUCCUUCAGCUCUCGUCCCCCUUUGCGGUCCAAUCUAAUAGUCUCUUCCAACAUAAUCACUCCCAACAAAUCUCCAUCCAUUCAUCCAUUCAUCAAUCUAUUCCCUCCUGCUUUUCUGAGAUUUGGUACCAGGAGGAGUAGUCCAAGCAAGUCGACUAAGACCCCCCUCUCUUCCUAUAAAACAUUUCUUGCUUCUUCCAUGGAAUCCCAAGGCGCUCCCUGGCCAGAUAGGAUAUGUAACCCUUCCAGCGAACUCUAGGCCCUGUGGCGAUCCCCCUAGUAGCCACUCAGAACACCUCCAACAGGAAGUGUCCAGGAGGCAUCCUUAUCAUAUGCUCCACAAAUCUCCCCCUGGAAAAAUCUCAUCUUUCUAGGUGAAACUGACUCUCUAUUGAGCCGGUUUUCUUAAUCCAUGUACUCAAAUCUGCCAAAAUUUUCACAAGUUUAAUUGGUCACAUCUAGACACUGAACAAUGGGGGUAACGUUCCUUCUAAGGUCUAUAUUCUGGCACAGCCACCAUGCCCAGAAUGCCUUUAAAAGUGGACUCUGUAAGGUGCCCUUAAUUUGUCUCAGAUUUAUUCACACCUUUCCUUAAUCUGUCCUCUUGUAAUUGGAUCGCCUAACCCCUCAUGUCAAACCAGCAUUGUUGGUGGUGUUGUCUGACAGUAUUAACUUUCCUGAGCCAAGCGAAUGAUAAAGACUACAGGACUCAGACGCCACCUGCUUUAAUACAAUACCAGAGGUGAUUCUUUGCUGUAGUGACAAAUAGAGAUUGAAGUUUUAAGUUGCCUUGGGAGAUUGUGUAGUGAUGGUGAAGAGAGUGUAUUGACAGCUUUAUGCUCCCUGUUAACUACUGCUGCUCAGCGUUGUCUGCUGUAAAUUCGACACUGGGAACCGUAGUGCACAGGAGGGAGAACUGCAAUGCAUUCCAAUGUGGAGCCAGCCAAGGUCCCAAUUUAAUGUUGUGAAUGAGUCUACACCUUUACAGAGCAGGGGAGGUCACACUGUUACCAUGGUCACUAAAUCACAGUCAAUCUGAGAGAAAAACAAGUUUAUAAAACCAGUAUGAAGACGUAAGUGGAUAAGAAAACAGGUGUGUGGAUGGAAAUCAGGGUAGAUGGUGCUUUCUCUUGGCAGACUACUUCAUAACUCUAAUUAUUAUCUAAAUUAAUACAAUGUGAGAGUGUUUGGCACUGUGCUGCCAGUUGAUUUAUUGGGGAAAUGGAAAAAUAAAAAAUCUCAUAAGCUCGGAUAGAGCUGGGCGAUAUGGGAAAAAGUUUAUCAUGAUACAUUUUUUUCAUAUCAGCCAAUAUCGAUAUAUAUCAUUGUAUAAAAAAUGAAAUUUAACAGUGUUUAUUGGUAGCAUGUCUUUUGCAGUACAACAAGCCACUGCAUCUGUGAGGUCUUUGUGUCUCUUCAACGUUUUAUCGUAAGGCGUUACACUAAAGAAAGCGGACUGAAUGGUCGGCUGUUUCUGCUGAACAGGCACCAUGGGCUCCUUGCUCUGCUCAGGGUUUGUAAGCUUUUGCAUAGUGCGUGUUCUGCUGCAUGGCACUGCUUCAGGUGGUGAAAAAGAUUUGAGGAAUUCCCUGACUUUACGAGAACAUGUAUUUGACAUAAUUUGCAGUGCACAUUACUCUGCUUCAUGUCCGACCUUAAAAAAGAAAAAAUACCUCCACAACACAGACGUUUUUGUGCCAGUGUUGUCAGCGAUGUCAUCAUCUGUUUAGCCUUCAUCUGCAUUUCUGCUGGGGGUAGCACUAAUUUUCUUUUUUUCUCACCGACAGUGCUGUCGACUUCACGUGUUAAAGUGCUAUGGUUGCAUGUACUUGGUUCUAAUUUAGCACAUGAUUGGUUCAGCGCAAAGUGGACCUAGAGCAACUCCCCUUUUCAUUGGCUAUUUGUAUAGUCUACCAAAACAUGGCAGAAUGCCGACUAUUGAAAAGCAUAUUGACCAUGUUUUAUAUUGAUAUUGAGGGAAAUUAAUUUUCGAUAUAUCAGUAUCAUUUUAUCGCCUAGCCCUUAGCUUGGAUGUAUUUGAGGCCCUGUAUCAACCGGAGUCCUGGUUCAUCUUCCUGCUGUGAGCAAAAGCUUUAAAGCAGAAUUUAUACACUGUAUUUUCAAGGUCUUAAGUAAUAGCUUCUGUCAAUAUCAGUUUAUUCAACUCAAAUUCAAAGACAUGAACAUGAGUGCUGAUAGUCAAGCAGAGAAGUAGAUAAGGGUCAGCUGAGUUAAACUUCUGAAACAUUUUAUCUGCUAAUCUUUUCUGGUUUUACUUACAUUACUUGUUUUCUUGAAAUAAUUUUAGUGUAUAAUGUAAAAAUAAAUUGUGUUUCAGUGCCUUUUAAUUUUGUGACUUCUUAAAUCUCUUUAUUUUGGCUUUUGUUCAUGAUUUAAUGGCCUGAGUGUUUUAAUCUGAGGCCAUUUGAAGCGCUUUGUUUCUAGGAUUUUAUGGUGACAUGGUGAAGAAGUAACACCAGAAACUUAAAAAGUUUGUGAAAUGAAAUACAGCGGGAUUAAUAUUAAAAUUUCUUCCUGAAGUUUUAUAAGGAGAGCUCUCCAAACCAUCAUAGUGACUUUGUAGCACCCUACAAUAAAAAAGCAAUGACCUUUCAAAUGACUGCUUUAAUGCAACAGUUAAACUUUAACUUUUUCUCCUUUUAAUGUCAAACCGAGGUUACGUCCAAACUCAUAACUUUUAUAACUCUAUACCCUCUGCUGUGCAAAAUCAUAAUUUCUUGCUUGUAAUGGAACAAGACUUUGAAAGGCAUCGAAAUGUCCUUCAACAUUAUGUCUGAACAAGUGUGUGAAACCUGAUAACACUCCACAGAGGGUCAGAGCUUGCUGAGCCGGCCGCGCUGGCACCGUCACUGCCACUGGCUCUGCGAUUAAGCCACGGGAGCCAUUUUGGGGCUGAUUAUUCAUGGUGCUACUGUACUGAUGUUCCACUACACUGAAUUCUCUCAUUAGGUCAUCCAGCUCUAAAGGCCAUUAAAUUUUCAGUCAGUAUGAAUAAGUCAGGGAGCUCUGCCUCUGAUCAUGCAGUGAGAAGAGUCCCUAAACUCAUCAUAGGUGCUCUGCAUUAAAAAAAAAAAAACUGAACUUUCAGCACAGGAGUAACAUUUCCCCAAUUAAAUAUGGGAGAAGGCCAGCGGAUGGCGGCAGGGUAGUUUCUUCCUUAGAUUUAAAGCCUAGCAUGUGGUGCCAGACAGCAUUUCUUGAAGUAUCGAUCAGAGUUUUAGCCGUGGGUAAAUGACUCCCAAUGGGAUCUCCAUGGUAACCAGAGCAGUGCCAAGCAGCCGAGUGUCUAAGUGACUUAAUGCAGAUAUAAAUCCCCAUUCCAAUCAAGGCCAUUUUAUUUGCGGGCUCGAGCGAGGCAAUGCGUCACCUGCAGUACUGCACAUUUCUGUCGAUAAAGUCCUGUCAAAUCGGCUGAAUGCAUGCUGCUGUGAUGACACAUGAUUUAUAAUGUUUACUUCUAGGGAACACAAUGGGGAAUCAAUGGGAAGUUAAAACAGUCGACAUUUUGGAUCACUAUCUCUCUGUGGUUAAUUAUUUUUGCUUUCUAAUACAUAGAUAAGUUAUGAUUUACAUGUGGAUAACAGACAGGGUGAGUUCACUGUGAUUCAGGCGUGUUCAGAAAAAACUACAUAAUCUAUUUAAUAUAAAACCAAAUUCCGUUCAGUUUUAUUUCUACAGCACAUUUCAUACAUAUGCACACUUAACAUGUUUUACAAGGAAUAUAGACAAACAUACAAAUCAAAUACAAAACAACAAAAAAACACAUUUAUUAAAUAACAUUUAACCAACCCAUACAGCCGGUACAACUGUCCGAUUAAAUGUUAACAGUCAUACUAAUAACAGAAUUAAAAUGGGCUUUCAAUAUUUUUUUCUAAAACAUACUAGUUGUUGCGAUGCUGAUUUUAGUAAAGUCGUUUGAACUGAAUUGAAUUGAAUAUGUUUAAGUGAUAUUUUGAGUUUAGUUUCAUUUAGUUAUUUGAUGCUCUGUGAAGAGAUGUGGCGCUAUGAAUCACAGCUUUCCUCAAAAGUUUGGCUCCUGCAGCUCGUGGAUUUGCUGUGUAAAUGGUGAACAACAAGCUGAGACAUAGUGAACACUAACACAAGAGUUACUGAACCUUUCCUAAUAUGGGUGUCCACUUUAGACCAUCACAAACUGUUUUGCUGUGGGAAGUACAGGUCUGAGGAUCCUCUUUGUUUUAUUGGUAAAUUGCAUGUCAGUGGGUUAGGGUUAGAGUUAGUUCUACAGCUUUAAGAGAUAAUCUAAUCUCCUGGCUCCAAAUGACAGCCACUGCAUCAUUCUUGGAGUAUUUUGGUUUCACUUUUGUGCAAUAAUCGGAGGUUCAUUUGGUUCAUGACUCUCAAUAUACAGUCAUUGGUUAAUAGUCAAAACCAGGAGACUAUUUGUUCAUAGUUUCAGGUCAUUUUAUAUCAGAUACUUCAUUUUAAGCAGUGUGAAGACUCAGUUUACUAAUUGAUUUGAGCGCAUAAUACUUUUUUGUCUAACCAAGGUCAUAUGUGGAGUGGACCUCUUUGCACAUCUUCUCUUUAUAUAUAUCGAGUAGGAUCAUAACACUGACACUCCUCACAGCUUCUUUCCAAAGAGUAACAAACACACAUCAGCCUGCAUACUCUACUUUAACCUCUCCUUUUGUAUUCUUUAACUAAUUAAAAAAUACAUUUAAUUGACUAAACUGUAAUUUUGACCCUGGCCAGUCGGCAUCAGACUUACUAGUCGUUUAACCAUUUAUUUUUAGUUAUUGCAUUUCACACAUCAACAAUUACUCAAGUUGAAAAUGGAGACUUCAGGUUCCAUAACAGUCGAAUAUUUCACAUGUAGUGAAAGAGUGAUGAGGUAAGUUGAAAACUCUCAUUAUUUUUGGUCGCUAGCUUUCCCACAAUUAAUUGAGGUUGUUUUAUAUUGCAUAUGAGCAUUUAUUAUGCCUUCUUACCUUGCCUCAUACAUAUUGUGAAUAAACUGGCAUGGGCAAUUUACAUGAAUUAAAAAUGAACACUCCUUACAGCUUCUACCUAAUGGCGUAAAAGAAUUAUAAUCCAAUGCUUUCUAACAAAUAUAGACUCGUCUAAGAAUGACUUAUUUACCGACUGAACAGCACGACAACCAUAGCACCUAAUGCAAUCAGCUUAAAUGAAUGAAAAUGAAUCAGAGUGGAACGUCAAGGGGAAGUAGGAGGGUAGGAAUUGGACUCUACACCCCAAUGUUUGUUGGUGAGUGAAGCCAACUUUGCAAUAGAAAGCAUUUCAUUGGUCUUCGCUGGCGGCCAGAAAAUGACCCGAGAAAACAAAGACGAAUGGAGCCAUUGACUUCAAAUACGACCCCUUGAAAACACAGCCAGAGCCUUAUCCAUCGCCAUCUAUUAUAUUCAUGAGUGUGACCCGCAGGGGGCUGGAGGGGGUUGGAGAGGGAGGUGAUAGGCGCCCACCUGCUCCACUCAGCAUCUAAGACACUAGCUGCCAGUAGAUCAAACAGGCCUCCUCGCUCCCCUCUGUUCUCCCCCCUCUCUCCGGCACAAGUCCCAUAUAGGAGGCGACUGACCCACUUUCCCUCCCUCCCUGCGCUAUUACCUGGAGAAAAUAGACUGAUGUUGUGUGUGAGUGUGUUGGGUGAACAAAAGCUUCUCAUCUUCACUUACUGUACAGAGAUGAAGGCAGAACUAGGACUCCAAAGGAAGCAUGUCAUAUCUUAUCAGAUGCUCUUGCAUGUAAGAUUGUCUCUUUAAUGGCGUGUCAUGGCCCAGUCUGUGUUUCACUUGUGCGCUGCAGCAGUUGAUGUUAACCGAGCUCACACACACGCAGGGCAUUAACAAGGGGGAUCUCAUCAGGUGGGCAGCGUUGAUUCGAAAUCAACUCGACACGAGACAAAUUUGCCAACAAAUGGAUAAUUUGCCAAACACUGCAGGUCUAAAUGAAAGCAGAGAUGCUGCGUGAAUUCCACCAUGCUGCUGUAAAUUGUUUACAAUCCUCAGGGCUUUAUAGGAGGUAGAGCCAUCGCUCAUUGUUUUCUCAGGAUUAGAUUGAUAUUGAUUGACUCUGACAGCUAGCAUCAUGAUACUUAGCAGGAGUGACCAUUUCUCUUUCACCCGGCUCUGACUCUCCCUCUCUUGGCUCUUUUUUUUUGUCAGACUUCUUACCACUUUCCAUUUUCUUCCUGCUUUUUAAAACCCCUUAUAACAUGGGCUUCAUUUAUGUCCUCUUAACUCGAGAUCUCCUUUUCUUCCAGGCCUCACAUGGUGACAGAGUACAUGGGCAUCAGGAAUGAGAGCUUCAUGAAGAUCGCUGCAGUGGGAACCUGGAUGGGCGACUUUGUUACUGCUUGGAUGGUAAGAUAUAGUUCAGUCUGAUGCAGCCCAACCAUCAUAUAGCCUAAUUUGCAUUUGUGAGAUAAAAAGAGAUUAAAUUAUGCACCACUUAAGGCAAAAACUUGCAUUUUUAGUCUGCAUUAAUAAAACAUGUUACGUUCCACUUUUUCGCCAUAAUAUGAUUUGUAAUUAUAUAUAUUAUUAUCACUCCCAGAAGGUAAAAUCACAUUACUUUGGUGAUCUGUUGGCUUGUUUUACCUUCCUGGUCAGUUCCAAGAUGAUAGGCUGCACUUUAUACUUUAUACAUUACUACAUGUUAAUCAUAAUUAAAGGGACUCCAGGCUACGCCCCAAACCAUUACCCUCUGUGUGCUCUGAUUUGUCCUCAAUGGAGCCCUAUUUAACCCAAUGAUUACAUAAGUGACCUGGAUAUUGAGUUCUUAGAUCGUUGCGGUUAUUUCAUGUGACAGUUUUUGUACCAGUGAAGUCCUGCUGCUUAUUUAAAACAGCAGUUCAAGCAGAAAGCCUGCUUUUUUUCUUUUCUUUUCAAGCACCUUUGCUAUAUCCACCUCUUUGAUACAUACUGUGGAGCCUGAAAGUGACAGGUUUCAGGUUUAUUAAUAUUUUAUAAAGAGUAAGCCUCUAUACACCAGUGUCCCUUAUCUAAUAAUGUUCAGUACAAGAUCACUUUUUAUUACACCGUUUUGGUGUCAUAAAGUACAAAUAGCACUUUAAAGACCUGCUCCUAUGAAAACCGUGUUUUUCACAGUGUCUACAUGUUCAGUUUUUCUGCUGCCAGAGGACAUUUUAUGAGAAAACUAAGAGCAAAAAUGCAUUUCUGAGUAUCUCUGCAUUCAAAUCAAUGUGAACCUCUCACAGACCCAAACGGCAGGUUUAGACACAGAGUGAUUUCCUACAUCAUAACUCCAAGCUCCGCCCCUGGAGCCCUGCUCUGCAGGUCAGACCCAAAAAAGUACAGAAGACAAUCGCGGAAACAAGCAUGUGUGUUAGCGAAUAGCAAUGCUCGUAAGAAAGCUAAUUAUGAUAUUAACUUUCAUGAUGCCCCCAAAGACAUUAGUGUCCAAGAGCUGAAUAGCUCCUAUGUUACCUGCCACUUCUACUACACCGGCAAUGUUAGGCUGCAAGCUAGCAUGAAGAGGAGUGUGCAGAGCUGUCUCCACCCACAACUAAGAGGCAAAUUGAUAAUGAGCUACUGAAACUCUGCAGAAGAAAAGCCCUCAUAAUUAAAGAUCACUGAUAACACUUUAAAGGGUAAAGGAAAUACGAUCGGAGUGGGACUGUAAAAAACUUGGGGUUGAAUCUUAUGCAGUGUUAAGUUUGGUGGAAUACUUUUUUGACUUCCAGUUAAGAGAUGGUGUUUUUCCUUUUUUCAUAUAUUGAAAACAAAUACAAAGUUAAAAUGUUGGAUUUCAGGACUAUACAAAGCAAAGAUUGCAAGUUUAAUGUUUGUUGAGUAAUCCCCAGAUGGGACAACAAGCUACUCUGAAUGGCUUGUCAAAAAAGUCCCAUGAGAAUUCAGUGAGAUCAAUAUGAGGUUUACUCAAACUGGGACAUUUUCAGACAGUAAAUCUCAUUAAAAGGACAAACUUGUCAUUUUCUGUCCAACUUCUCACAGCGAGGGACAUGUGUGCAAACUCAACUCGCAAAAUUUUCAGGACAGAACUCAUGAAAUUUUUCUGGAGCACAUGUUUGUUAACAUUUAGUAACAUUUAGCUGUGAUUUUGUGAUGUUUUUGAAAUGUUAAUGUAACCACUGAUACAUGUUAAUAGUAUGGGCACGUUAAAGCUCCUGUUAGGAACUAUUGGUUUGUGUGAGUUUUGGCGCCCCCUCUGGACAAAGCAGUUUCUGCUAAUGGUGUCCUUCAUUUUUAAGUUGCGUCUUUUGACAAAAAACUCAUCCUGCUGACUUUUCACGCUCUAAUUUUAGACAUUUUGUGAUUACUGCAAAUAGUAGAAAAAAAAAACUGUGUCUCCAGAUGAAAACUACCCCUCUCACACUACUUUCAGAAGUUACAAAAUUAAAAACUAAAAGUUGUCUAUCUCAUCGCUGUUGGUCUUGUUUGCUGUGCAACCCGCAACCGAACCCUCAGAGGAACAUGGAGUUUGAUGUAUGGAGGGUCAGAGGAAACAAUGGAUGCACAGGGAGGAAGUGAGAGUGCUGGAGGAGAAAUCUCCCUCUAUUCAUUUGUCAACACAAAACAUGGAGGAGAGCUUCAGCGGGGGUGGACUACCUGUGGUGGGAGGAGUGAGGCUCUGACACUAGCAUGCUCACGGCUGAGACAUCUUGACAAGCUCCCUCACUGGUCACAUUAGUAUUCUACGGUACACGCUGCAGAGAAAGAGAGCAGCAAAAGGAGAAACAGGAGAGAAGGGAGGGGGAGGUGUGGAGGUAAAGAGGAGGAAACGGAGGUGAAGGGGAAAUGUAGAAGUCUGGUCAGAAGGAAGGCGGGGAGGAUGCAGGGAGUGAGAAGGUGAAUCAGGGAGAAGGUGUGAGUUUUACAGAGGGGAGACUCGGCCGAGGCAAAGUGCUGAUAUCAGAUAUUACUCACAAGGUUUUUUACAUUCCAUUAAUUCAACGAGCCUCUUUGAAGAUGACCUCUGUGUCUCCUCUGCAGAGCAGAUUUACAGUUUGUCUUUACUACCUAAAUGAAUAGGAAGUGUCUGUUUUUGCAAUGCUGCAUCCCCAGAAACGUUUCAUAGAUUGGCUGAUUCAAAUCCUUUUCCAACACAAGCUACAGUAUCUGCAGUGAGGCGCUUUAUUGACAAACUGACCUUGACUCUGCAGCAGCUCUACACAAAGAAGACGAGGGAUUUUUAUGCACAGGAAUAAUGAAAAAACAACCUUUUGAUCCAACUUUGCACCAGUUAAGAAAAUCAAAUGUUUAAGAGACUUUAUAACAUCAGGGCUGACAGUGUGGGCAGUAGAAAUAAAACAAAAGAUUAACAUUAAAAACGGGACAAGCUCAUUUUUAUUCAUGAUAACAGGAACUUAAUAGUAUUCACACAUUUAAUUCAGUCGAGAGAAUAGUUUUGAAUUAAAACUGUGAUUUUUCAUAGGUCACGCUGCUGUUUAUCUCUGUCGUUUAACAUUGUUGUUUUUAUGAACUAUCCAUUAUGUAGAAUAAAAGUAUGAGUACAGUCAAAACAGCCAAAUGUAUGUGGACACUUGAAUAUUAAACUCAUAUAUGGUUCUUAGAUUUUUGCAUUCAGUUGCUUUCAUAAAGACUUUUCUUGUCAUGAUAACAGCAUCCAGUUUAUUUUGAAGGUUUUGGAUAGGGUUGAGGUUAGAGCUAAGAGCAAACUGUGAAAAAUAAAUAUAUAUUUUAAAUGGACUUCAAUGUGCAAGGGGCCAUUAAGACCCAAACACAGAGAGUGACCCUGACUCAAAUGUAAGCCACAGAGUUUGGGGUCCACUUAACCCACACUCUAGCGGGAAAAAAGUCAAAUCCAAAAUCUGUCUGCUUCUGAACAGCAAAGAUGGGCAGUCUGAGUUUAUCCAGUAGAAGUGGGAUGUUGAGGGUCUGCAGCACGGUCUGUCUCUUAUGUUUUUUGCUUUAUGCGUGCAAAUAUCAUUGUUGUUGAGCGAAUGUGGGCCAAGCUGAACCGAACACAAGUGCCCACUCAAUGAGCCUGAUGUACUGGCUCUUGCUGCCAAUCCGUCUAUAACAUCAUGUCUGGGUUUUAAGGGACAUUAGGGGCAUUGUGGUGAAAUACAUUACUUAUCGGUGGUACGUUAACUCUGAGAUGAGGCUGUAACAGGAUUGUUUUCACCUUGUGUUCACUCCAAAUCAUACACUACUGUGAUUAUUUUUAACUUUUUUCCCCUCCUAUAAAGUUAGGGGAUCGUAACACUGGUAUGUUGGCCAAGUACUCAAAUCAUUUGAAUCUCCUUUGUUGAAUUUUUACCAAGAAACUGAACUGUGAAGGUUGAAACGUCCUUGAAAGAUUAAAUGUCUUUGAAUUAACCCUCAAUCAUUUUUCAUAGGAUCCUUAUAAGAUAUUUGACAUGUCCUCUUCUUUGCAGGUGACAGACAUGAUGCUUCAGGAUCAGCACUACCCAGACUGGGGCAAAGCAGCAAGAAGGUUCUGGAAACAAGGCAACAACAGGAUUGUUCUCUUCUGGUAUUUUAACACCUUACAUGUCCAUCUUUAAUUGUAUGUGCGAGACUUUGUACCUGUUUCUUUACCAACUAACUUUGGAAAUGAAUCUCUUGUUCCUCCAAGACUCUGGAGAUGCGUGUGCAUGUUUGUGUCCGCGUGUGUGUGUCGUGCAUGCAUAUGUAGUCUCUCCAUCCCCGUCACAGAGCAACAUGCAGUCAAUAGCCGUGUUAAUCUUCCCUCAGUCAGUGUCAGCACCUUUAAUUAGAGGAACAGGGGAAAAAAUCAAUGGACACAGCAAGGUCGCGGGGUAAACCACGGCCCUGCUUUUUACUUCUCGUACCGCAAGCUGUGACCCUUAAAUAAGUGCUAAACAAAUGCUGCACACCAUGUCUGAUAUGCCCAUUACGAGAGGGCUGAGUAGGAGCGUUUGCCUGUUUAGAUGGGCUACACCGCCAGCGUACGGUCCCAGCGGCGUUCAUUCAUCAGAGUGCCUCAGCGCUGUCAGUCAGAUACGACAUGCAAACGCCUCCCAAGUGAUUCAGUUUGGGUUACACUGGGAGGUGAAGGACGUGUGAAGAGGAGGAUACGGCUGAUGCAGUUUGACUUCUGUUUGAUAUGUAAGCAGAGGCAUCUGUAACUUCAAAGACAUUAAAAAAAAUCCCUUUUUCAGGAUUGAUUCACCUGCAAGCCGCCAAAUUUUCCUGCAACCUGUCCCGCAGCCCUUCGUUUUAUCGACGGAUGCUUCGACUCGCACUGUCACAAUCAAUGCCAGAUUUGCGUUUAAAAUUCGAAGCUUGAAAUAUUUUUGUUAAAGCGUUGCUGGAUAUGUUUCAUCGAUAUUGGCUGCAGGGUCACGGCAAAUUGUAAAAUCCAGCUCCAAAAAGUCGGCUAUGCUGAGGAUAAGAAUCCCAGGGUGGAAUAAUAAUAAGAGCCCCCAAAAAAUGUAUUCCUCUAACUGCUGGAAAGAGGAUCCAAGCUGGCAGUCAGUAUCUGCAAUGCAGCCUGCUGAUGUUUGGAGUGAGAAAGCACACAACAGCACAGUAACCACUGGGUGACAUUGAGACGAAAUAGACAGAAGAGAAUAAUACUGGCCUUUGUCGAUGUGCCUCGCUUCAGAUGGCAGAGGAUUUUUGCUUCCAGUAUACACUGAAUGCAGAAUUACAGCAGUACGGUAUAGAACGCAAUUCAGGGGACAAAAUGCAAAAAAAAAAAACAGCAAUCACUGCAUCCAGGUAAAACGAAAUAUGAUAUGUUAUAUAUGUAAAUAUAUGGAAAUCUGUUCACAGUAUGGUUUGAAUUUUAUUAUAUCUGCAUUUACAAACUUUAUCUCAGUGAGCAUUUAUCUUCCUGUGAAAGCUUUACCUGCUGGCAUUUUUCAAACCCAAGUGAAAUUGUUGUUCGAUACAUUAUUCAGUCCAUGGGAAGGAGGAACUAAACACCACUUGAUUUAUUCUUUCUCUCAUUUCACAUGGUUGAGGACGCAGAGCUGUUUGUCUUCCAGGACACACAAUAUAAAGUGUGCAGCUGGUCCAGUCUGACAAGAUACAGGAGACAUCUGAUUUAUUCGUACUUUGAAAUGGACAAUAUUUGCUUUUUCUCCUUUUCUAUCCUUCAACUAUUCGUCCCUCUUCUUUUUUUUCUGGGAUUUCUCUCCUCUCCUGUCCUCUUUUGCCUUUUCUUCCCCCUUUUCUCCUAGCUUUACUGUCUACUUCCCUUACAUCCUCACCUCCCCUCCCCCAACUUUCCCUGUUUUCCUCUUCCUUUACGUAGCUGAACCUUCCUAAUGUCUUUCCUUAUUCUUCUCCUUUCAUUUCUUUUCUUUUACUUUCUUGCUUCUUUCUAUCUUCUCUCUAUCCUCUCGUCAUGUUUUCCCUUCAUCUCUCCUUCAAUUUCAUUCUUUACUCACUCUUUCACUUUGCCCCCCUUGCCUUUUCUAUCAGUUUAUUCCUGCUUCCUUUCUGCUAUUUUCUAGUCUUCCUUUUCCUCACACAGUCUCUUCUUUCUUCCUUGUUUUCACCCCCUUCUACUUUUGUCUUAAGUCCUCUCUUCUCCCCUUCUCUACUCUGAAUAAUUUUUUUCUUCCCUUCACACGUGUCCCAUCAUUUAUUUUACUCAUCCUUUUGACCUCUUUAUUUUCUUUUUUUCUUUGCUAUUUUUCUUUUUUAUUCACUAUCCUCAUCUCUUCGUUUUCUCUCCUCACUUCUGUGUCUUUCCUUAUGUCCUGUCUGUGUCUUAUUUAUCUAACUGGACUAAUCAUGUUUUGUGUUCUUACUCUAUCUCUUAUACUUAAAUACCUCAAUUCAUAAAUGUAUGAAUAUAUAUAUAUAUAUAUAUAUAUGUAUUUGUAUGUGUAUUUGUGCAAAUAAUAUUUAAAUGAAUUAUGUAUGAUAUGUAAAUGCAUUCUGAAUUCAUAUUUACUUUGUCUAUUAUUGUGCAUUCAUACCUGCUUCCAUAUUGGUCUAAUUUUAUGUGCAUCUAUAAUAUGGAUGUUCCAAAACAACUCUUGUACGGAUGUAAAUUCAAACUCACAAUCUAGUCUAAAGAAAAGAAGCUCUCAAAAAAACAGUUAAAAGUAAGCAUCAUUUAGUUAGCAGUGGUAUCACAAUGUGUUGCUAAAACUAGCAGAGCUAGCACCACUAGCCUGUGUUCAGCUAAAUGUACUGUUACACAUUGCUCUGGCUGGGUGGUUAUAAGCCAGUAAAUGUAGCUAACAUAAAACUUAAUCUCAGUUUCGAGAUCAAAAUGUUUCCUAACUAUGGCGUGCUAUAAGAUAUAAACUGUCAUUUUUGCUUGUUUACAUCCAGGUUAGAGCAUUGUGACAUUAUAGCAUUAGCAUAUUAGCAGUAGCCAGCAACCAGGGCUGGAACCAUGGCUAGUGGUAGGUUGAUGUGUGACAGCUUAGUCACAACACAUGUAGAAGAUUUCUUACUACGAUAAUAUAUGUAUUUUUGGUAGCACUUUAUUUGAUGCCUAUCUUUAUAACGCAUUAUAAAUAUAUUUAUAAUGCAUUAUAAUCACAUUAUAGCACUGUAUAACUACAGUUUUAAACACUCACAAUGAUCAGGCUUUAUAGCAAUAAUCAUAACACAUUAUAAAGCAUUUUAUCAUGACUUAGACGGUCAGGUAUUAUUAUGUGUUAUAACUGUUAACAACAGUUGCAUUGCAUUAUCUAUGUGGGCGUUGUUAGUGAGUUGUUAACAGUUAUAACACAUUAUAAUACCUGACGUUGUAAGGUAUGACGAAAUGCUUUAUAAUGUGUUAUUAUUAUUGCUAUAAAACAUUAUGAUCAUUUAUGAGUGUUUAUAACUAUAGUUAUACAGUGCUAUAACGUGAUUGUAACGUAUUAUACAUAUAUUUAUAAUGCGCUAUAGAGAUAGGCCUCAAAUAAAAUGUUACCGUAUUUUUAUUUUGGGGCUUUUGUUAAGAAAGUAGCAACAGAGUGGAAUCAAACCUGGUCUACCUACAUAUGUGGGGAACACCUGAUUGAUCAGCAUCUAAACUAACAAAUAGCAUAAAUGUUCAUUUUGGUGCAGACUCAUUAGGGUGAUGAUGUUUCAUUGACGAAUCACCAACGUCGACAGUCUGUAAACUGUGUGUUCAUGCUACACUCCUAAUCAUACAAUGGCUACAUUGUUAUGAUUGUGUUAUUACAUUUCCCUUUAGCGUUAGUAUACGUGACUGCUCAUAUAACUAUUACUGUCACCCUGGCAUCCCGAGGACAAUGUCUGGUGUUUUUUUACUAUGUUCAAAGUCAAGUAACUGCAAUGAUGCUUUCAGAGUUCUACUGUAUGCAUAUAUUAGUAUAGUCAUUUUAUGUCGUUUCUGCUAAAGUAAUCUAUAAUGUCCCCACAGGGAUUAAUCAAGUAUUCAGUAUUGGUCUCCAUCUAUUUUUUAAUCCUAUCUAUCCCCUUCACUAUUUUUGCCUCUCCUUUCCACUCUUCUCUUCCUCUCUCUUCUCAUCUCCCUGCAGGACAGUACUCAUCUCUCUGACAUCGGUGGUGGUUCUGGUCAUCAGUACAGACUGGAUCAGCUGGGACAACCUGAACCGCGGCUUCCUGCCCAGCGAUGAGGUCUCCCGAGCCUUCCUGGCCUCCUUCAUUUUGGUCUUCGACCUUCUCAUUGUCAUGCAGGUAGGCCGCUCCCAUGUGGCCAAUUAAAACCAGGGAGCUGGGACGCCUCUUGGCUUCUUCUUCUACCCAUCAUGCCAGCUCUCCUUCCUCCCUCCUCCCUCUUUAUUCAUCAAUGGGGCACUGCGGCACAGAGCGGCAAGAUUGGGGAGUUUGAUCGCUGUCAGCUGGCAUGGACACAAACACACGGACACGCACAUACACCCCCAAAUAUAGACUUAGAACAAACUGUUGUUUCUUUAUAUCUUUUUUUAGUCCCCUAUCCCUCUUUUUUUCCAAACCACAGCCACACACCCCCCUCAUCCUCCCUCCCUCCAUCCUCCCUCACUCCCCUGUGAGCUCAGUUUAUUUUCUUUAAUGAUGACUCACUAGAUAUUUUUCAAGAGUUUUUCCUCACUUUUUCUCCCCCCCACCUCGACUGUUUUUUUCCCACUCAGUGUCCCCCCACCCUCCCACAGGAGAGUGUGCAUCAAUAAAGCCUGUGUCAGUGCCUCAUGAAUAUGCAAAUGUUUUUGUCUGGGCAAAAACACACAAGUGAGAGGAAAGAGUAGGAGAAGGCCUUUUUUUUUAUUAUUUCUAACACCCUUAGCCAGGAGGCAGUACUGCAGGCCAAACAUGUAUGUGGUUUGACGGCGAGCCUAAUUCAACAUGGCUCCUCCAAUUGCUUAAUGAGCAUAUUCUGUUGGUAUGUAUUAGAGGACGCACUGCAAACCUAACAUUUGGUUGAACCCUGAAUAUAUGUUUCUUCUAUGUUGAUUAUGCUAAUUACAACAAGCUUCAAAUUGCAUCCUCUAGUGUUACAAAUUCACUUGUCCACAGGAACCUGGCAAAGACAACACUAUAUUUACCAUGGUAAAAUGUAUUAGUACAACAGCAGCAUUAAAAGUGGUUCCUAGACUUACUUAUUGAAACAAUUCAUUAUUUUAAGCAGGGCCUCCAGCUGCUCGGGCCGGUAAUUACUUCACUCUGUGCUGUUUUUCUCAUUCAUUUACCCAAUUAUUGCGAUUAUGCAGAUAUAUAGAAACUGCUCGGCAGUCAGUGUGCGAGCGCUCCCUCUCAAACAUGCCGGUGUCUUCCUGAAACCAAUUUUUUUCUUCCUGCAUAAGCCACAGACCUGAUGUGACAUGAAGGGCAUGCUCCCUAUUUUGACAUCUCCGUUUAACUUUCCCGAGCCGGUCUGGCCCCGCGGCUUCCUCUCCCAUUUCACUCAGCGGUAUAUCAUCUCUCCACCAGCAUGGAUCUGUUUACGACUGACCCUUCUCAUUUUCUGCACACUGUACAGCAAGCAUGUUUAUUACGUGUUAUUUAUGACUGCGUCGUAACAUGGCUGAGGCUCUGGUGUCCGUUGCUCCGUUCCACCAGUCAAUAAAAAUUCAUCCACCAUGGCCUGCCAACAGCUUCAUCCUCCUCCGUGUUUGGAGCUCAGGAUGUCAUAGUUAAUCCCUCGCUUUCAUGAGAAAAGAUGGGUUAUGUUGUUCACAAACUAAUUAAUGCUUUAAUUAAUGACCUGUCUGGAUUUGCCUGCAAGCUGGGUUUUACUUUUUUUUCAUAGUUUUGUGUGUAAUUGGUCUUCAUUCUUCCCGCUGAAUGUCAGAUUGGUGUCCUUUGUGUAUAUGCUUACACACAUUUACAUACAGGGAUGAUAUACCCUUCCUGUUUACCGUUCUCAUGUUACAAAGACUCAUUAUUUUGUCUAUGGGAGGUGCAUGGCUCAGAAUGUCAUGCCUGUUAGUGCUUUAGCAACACAUACUGCCUCUAUGGAAGACUUAAUUAAUAUCCAGGGGGCCAUCACCAAGCUGUUGCGCUGUUCACAGAUAUUGGCAUGGGAGACUCAAGAUCACAUGAGGAUAAAGUGAAUGCAGACGUACGGUAAUGUGAUGCAGAGGCUGCGAGUAACGGGGAACUGAGGGGAAAUGUAGCUAAUCUAUAAAUGAAAUUGUUAAAAUUAUGCAUGCAUUUUCUCUCCUGAAAUAGAGAUGAUAAAAGCUAAUUGCAAGAUGAUUAAGUCAGCUCUGCAGAAAGAAAGAAAGAUUCUUGUAACAUAUUAAUUUCCCCCCUUCACCUGUCUCUGUGUGUGUGUGCGCGCCGUCUUAAUAACAAGCUUUGAUUAUACUAAGUGACUAAUUACAGGUGUGGGAGGACUCUUACUAACUACAUGAAAAAUAAACUUAACUGCAGUCUGAGUGGAGCCAAAGACAUGUUUACUGUUUGGAAUUGACUUUAAAAUAAAGCUCCUGUAAGAAAAUUUCAGACUGUGUCAACUUUGGCCCUCCUGUGGAUAAAGCACUUUUUUAGGAUCUUGUCCUCUACAUUCUUACCUAUUGUCGUCUGACAAAAAUUCUCAUCCAGCUGACUUUUGGUGAUUUAGUAUAUGAUUUAUUAUGAACUUUGUAUGUGAAAAAUGUAAAAACAACCAGUUUUCCAGCUGUAUGGCUGAAACCUAGGCAUUGAAAACUACAUAUUACAAGUCAUUAUUCUUGUCUCUGAUGCUUUUGUUUUCUUUUAAAUAUCAUAAUGAGGCACUAAUAUGAAUUUCAGUCUAUUGCAUGAAGGCGCAAAUGAUCCUCACAGAUCCUCUAUGAAUAUUGAGUCUAAAAGUUUUGAUGCAGCAGUUUAAGGCUGUACUGAUUUUUUUACUGUCUUUUCUGCUGUUAUUUAAACAAUAAAUUAAUUAUUACUCUGUUGGGUUACUUUACCUCUUAAGCUUUAUGAGUUCCUCUUAAUGAUCUCUGAUGUCGCUGCCAAAGUCAAAAAUCUGUUCACAGUGCCGUUCCCUUUCCUUGUGCAAGUUAACAUUUUGAAGAUCUUGGACUUGCGAAGGAAGAGGAAAUAUGUAAAUGAACUUUUCUUGCCAAGCGUAAAAAUGUUUUUCCAGAUUUAAUUUUGUACAUUUAUGCAGGUCCGCCUCAUUUAGAGUUGUCACAGCAAUUAUCUGAAAGUUACUACCCACAAAGUACAUACAUGUUAGAGUAAAAAAAAGUGACAGCGCAGGGUACGGUCAGCUUCUUAAUGUUCCUUUUUGGAUAUGAUAUGACACUUUUAGUGCAUAUUAGUAGACUCCACAGGCCUGUAAACACACCAUGUCUGAGCUGCUGUCAGUGCAUGCAGAGACCCCACAGAGAAUUAAUAUCAGCUAAUAUGAGGGAGUUCAGUCAACUCUUCCACAUACAGUACAGCAGGAUACAUGCUUGACAUUUCUCACGCUGAUGUGGUUACUGAAAUUUGUCCAAUUUUUUCACAGCCAAGGCUACAUUAUUACAUCGGAGGGUAAAUCUAACUGUGUGUGUGCUCGUGUGUUUCAGGACUGGGAGUUCCCUCACUUCAUGGGUGAUCUGGAUAUGAAUCUACCAGGGAUGUCAACCACGCAUGUAAAGGUCAAGCUUCCAGUCUGCAAGCGAAUCUUUAAAGAGGAGUACCACAUCCAUAUCACAGGUACGGACUGACCCUGAAACAGCUUCUGCAUACAAAGAACAGACGUCUCAUGGUGUCAUAAGGAGGCUUUACAGCUCUCUGGAAUAAUACAAGCGACUGAGAGAAGUUGCUUCGGGUCCUCGACAUCAUCACAGUCAACUUGGUAUUUAAAAGUUGUUAUUAGAUUCAAAGAGUUGGAGAUUUUACAAAUGAUCACUUCAUAGACUAGAAUGAUAAAGGAAUAGAAUAUGGGUUACUGGUUUCUUUACAGACAGUGUAGUUCAUAAAAUAACUAUUGUGCAGUGCCUUUCAAACCCCACACAGUUAUAUCUACAGGAGUAGGAGUUUGUUAAUUUAGGAAAUCAAUAUCUCAACAAAAUAUUUCUCUUCCAAUUCUUUGUGUUUUGUGGCUGUCUACAGAGUAGACCAGUUGAGAGAAUUUGAGAUUGAGGAUGCAGUGGCGUGGACUGGUUAUGUGUGGUCAAGGGCAUUAUCAAAGUAGUACGGUUAAUAAUAGGAAAUUCAGUUAAAAAUGGCUGACUAUCUGAAUAUCUGCCAGACCAAAAUGACAAAUGUUUACUUGGGUCUAUUGCAUUUGCAAAGUUUGGUGAGUCCUGGGCACGUUAAAGCACCUAAAUAUGUGGUAUUUAUGGAUAUAGGGAAGAACAAAGAAAGAAAGAAAAACAUUUUAAAAAGACACAAACAACAUAAAGAAAGAUGGAUAGAAAAGAAACAAAGGAAAAAAGGAACAAAAAAAGAGAAAUAAUAAAAGUAAAAAUGCAAAGAAAAAAGAUGCACAAAAUAGGUAGAAACAAAAAAACAGAAAUUAAAGAUAAAAGGAAAGUAAAACAAAAACAGGGACAUGAAGAGAAAAAAAGAAAGAAAAAGAAUGAAGGAAAGUAAGAUGAAAUAAAGAAAAACAAAUAAAAGAAAAAUAAAGAAACAGACAGUAAAAAGAAGGGGAAACAGAAAAUUAAAAAGGAAACAAAGACAAAUAAAUACACAGAAAGAAAGAAAAAAGAAAUGAAAAAGAAAGAAAAACAUGAUCAGUUAAAAGAAGAAAACAUUAAGAAAAAAAAUAAUGAAGAAAAAAAGGAGGGGGAGAGGAAAAGAAAGUAAUAAAGACAAAAAAGAAAGGACAGAGUAGCACAUGGAAAGAAAACAAAACAUAGAAAUCAGGGAAUGACACAAAAGAGAAAGCACAGCAAGAAACAAAAAAGAAAGAAAGAAAGAAAGCUGCUGACAUGCCUUGCAAUGUUUGGCCUUUUUAAAAAUGUCCAUGAGGGAGACAGAUCUUUGGCCCAUUUUUGACUUGUGUUUCAAACAUGCCUCCUCUGCUCUACUUUUCCAUCCUCCUCAGUGUGGGAAACACUUUGAUGGUUAAACCACAGCAAACAUUCAUAAUACAUGUGUAGCUGAGGAGGUACAGAUACAGGUAGCUCUGCCGCUCCUAUUCCUUGUGUUCCUCCCUGUCGUGCCAGACACACAGCUCAUCAUCUUUUACAUCUCAGCCCUAAUGUACUCCAUGAGCAAGUAUAUUUCCCAGUUCAAACCAUCCUCCAUGUUUCCCCCAUUUCGUUCCGCCUGCCUGAACAAGGCUACUCGCAACCAUAAAGAGAAGGCAAAACCAAUGUUCCUGUGCUAAAUGUCGAGCAGUUCAAACGCUCAGUGGUUCGUAAAAGGUUGUUAACCCUAAUGCAUUGCAUACCCAUUAAGCAUUAUGGAAAUAGCUCCGGCACGACGUGAUUGGUUUAACUAAAAGCUUAUUAACAGUAUAUCUCUGCAAGAGGAAGGGAGCAGUGUCACGUAUACCUGCGGAGACAUCUGCCUUGAGAUCAGUCAACCCGGGGAGAUAGUUGCCUCAUGGUAAUGUAGUGAUCUUGUUAGACGAUACUAUAAAGGAAGUAGCACCUGCAAAUGGAGCUAUCCAUCUCAAUGCAUGAGCUGCAUGCAAAGGAACAGGGAUUGCUGUCACAUAUGAAUGUGACUGCACGUACAUUUAUCUGGAUCCGUCCUCUAAAUGUUGUGUGGAGUAGACUUUCUCUGUACAUCAGUCUGUCUGUCUGUUAAAUUAUCUGUACAGCUGGGAAAGGUUGUUAUCGACCUAAGUGAAGUACCGCCUCUGAUCGAAGUGUGAUAAAAAUAAUAUAUGUCAUAUUGAUAAGAAAGCGAGUUGUUGACAUUUUGUCAGCACUAUCUGACCAAGACUCAGUCUGAGGUCUUUUGUUCCUUGUUUUUGUCAUGACUUGAUAAUUCUCCUGAAAUCUGUGAUGAUGUUUGUUUGGUUUAUACCAUAAACUGUACUGAGAGUUUUAACACCAUGACAGCCCCUUCAAAGUGAAUUUAAAACAUUUGAAAGUGGGAUAUUGUUUCAUUGAGAUUCUCACAACAUGUGAGCCUCGUACUGGGUGGCUUGUAAUCAAUGAUGGAGCAAAACUAAGGAGAGCACAGAUAACAUCAGCACCAAGUGGCAGCGCAAAAUCAAUCAUCACAACAGCAGUUUUGGAGAGUUCAUAUAAAACAUGAACGUUUUUGUUCUACAAUCAGUGAGUUUAAAGAAAGUCUUGCAGCAGACAUUUUUCUCUACAGAGGAGUGUAGAUUCAGUGCAGAUCACACGCUAGUUAACUGGUCUCAAGUGGGGAUUUUUAUGGGGAAAAAAACUCUAGAUAGUUUUCAAAUAUUCUUUGGCAACCCAAAUGAUAUAUCUUGGAGAGCGGCCUAAGUUUCAUCUGUCUGGAAAAACACUGAUUUAAUUGGAACUAAAUGUAUGUAUUUCAAAACACUUCACAGUAUUUACUCUUCUCAAGUAUGGCCUACAUAUUCUGUGAUAUUCUUUACAAUGGUUCACAAUAUCUGAUCAGGUUUUAGGAUAAAAUCUGUUGUUUUCACCCUCCGUACCUCCAUAUCACUGAUGUUGACUUCAGAAUACAGGAUCAUUUUGUCUGUCAUGAUGGUCAUUGUGUUAGACGAGGCAAUCACAGAGCCAUGAAAUCCUGCCAUGUUGCAACUAGACUUUUAGACAUGACAGGUUGAUCUGAAGGUACUUGAUCAAACUUUGCAAUCAAUGGACAACACAAGAUAAAAUGAGCGAUUGUCGGGGCUGGAGAAGUCUGCUCGGUCGGGAUACAAUUGUGCUGAUGUUGUGUCGUCUGAUUGAGCUUUGUCUCUUUCUUCGAAUCAACCAAUCACAGCUUUCUAGGGAGGCUUCUGGCCUUCCUUGCAUAGAGAUCAUUCCUAAAUCAUCCAUAUGCAAGGUCUCCUUAAAAGUCUUCACUCACUAGCUCUAAAUUCUCCACAAGCUGAUCACUACUGUGCAGACUCUUGGUCCAAAAUGAGAUCGAGGGUGCAUUAUGUCAACAACAGUCUGUGUAGAGUAUUUUAGCUUCUCUUGUCCACCAGGAGAUAAGGUGACAUUGCAUAGUCCGUCCUUAUUCAGAGUCAGUGGUUCAUAACCCAUAGUGAAAAGUCUUAUCCUUAUAUGUUGCUCUCUGUGAUCUCAUUGGUGGAAUGGACAAAUUUAAUGUUGAUCCUCUUUCUGUCUAGGAGUCAUAAAUAUAAUUUCAUCCUAAAUCUGUUACAGAAAAAAAUCAGGUGGCUAACUGAUGAUAGCAUCGGGUUGUGUCACAUUCUUGGCAGUAUCAGGGGCCAGUGCUGCACUAUAGUAUAGGUGUAACCCUUGGACGCUAAGGUUGAUUUUGGCAGCUUUUUAGAUGUAGGACUAAAAUGUCUGUUAGUUUUUACCACAUUUUAGUAAUUUUUGCCCUUUUUUUGUUUCAGUCAGUGAAAAUGAAAACAUUUUACGGUAGUUUUAAUCAACAAAUGUUCUCAGUGAUCGCUAAAAGAGGCAAAAGUUUGAUAUAAAACCAAGGUCACCCCGGUAGCUGGUUGCGUCUUUGUUAUCAACACACACCAGGAAAGUUUAUGAAUGAAAAUGAGAAAGAAAUGUAAUGGUAGAAAGAUUUGUACCAGAGGUGUGCUUGUUCAUCUCUUGACAGUUACUUUGUCGUCUAACAGAUGUCUAAUGUCUUCUUGCAGGCAAGUGGUUCAACUACGGUAUCAUCUUCCUCGUGUUGAUUUUGGACCUAAACAUGUGGAAAAACCAGAUCUUCUACAAGCCCUACGAGUAUGGUCAGUAUGUCGGUCCUGGAGAGAAGAUCUUUACAGUAGAAGAGCCAGAAACGCUCAGCGAGUUCAACCACAGCACGCUCACCUACGAGUGGCGUUCAACCAACAUCAACCCCAGCACCAACCUGACCUACGUGGAGCGGGACAUGUUCCUUCAUAGUCGCUAUGUUGGAUCCAGUCUGGACGUCAAGUGCCUCGCCUUCAUCCCUAGCCUGGCUGCGUUUGUCCUCUUUGGGUUCUUCAUCUGGUUGUUUGGGCGGUUUCAAGAUAGCGAGACAUUCCCGGAAAACCAGGACAAGACGUACGAAAGGAUCAAGAGGAAGUCACCGUCGGAGUACAGCAAAGAGAUGGGGGUGACGCCGGAGGAGCUACACAUAACAAUGACCGACAGUCUGAAACGAACGGGGACUCCCAUGCUGCUCUCCGUGGACGGGCCACACUUUGGAGCAACCCCUUCUACCAACUCGACAAUUUCUAUGGAAACCCAAGAGACACAUCCGAGCAUUGUUAUUGACAGCGCACCGCCGGAGGAGCCAGCAGUUUCUUUUGAUGUCCACAAGCUCUCUCCUUGAUCCCGUGAACUUUAGAAGCUUCAAAUCAACAGAAUGCAGAUGGGUUAGAAGUCUCAAGACCUUCAAGUGUUGCAUUUCAAGGAAGGGGUCAAAAAUAACUAGUCCUGAAAGCUUUUACAGAUGACUCUAUAUGAAUCUAUUUUUGUACAACAAUCUUUCCAAAAAGCCGCUUCAAAGGCACCGACCCUGUUAACACCGAUUUUGAAACAGAAUGCAACCUUUGAAUUGACAUGGUGCUUGCUUGAAUUUUUCAUUUUCAUAUCUCAAUUUUUUCAUGGUAAACACUAAACUUUGGUGCCUCUUUAUAGGACUUUUUCUACAGUUGUCACACUGCAGUCAGAUGGAUUUUAUUGUAUCAAACUGGAGUUACAGCUACACUAGUGCCUUUUAUAUUUUUAAGUUCUACACAGACCUGUCUAUACGUAAUAGGCAACAAUACGGAAGAUGUCCUCAUCAUUGUUCCCUAUUUAUAUAUAUGACUUAUCUAUGCUCACAUAUCAUGCAGCAAGUUAUUACCUCAUUUGACCCUCAGACUUGAUGAAUAUUUAUUUAUUUUCCUCUAGUGUCUCUUCAGCUUGAUUUUUGAUUCAUUAUUCUUCUGUGAAUUGCCAUAAUUUAGACAUCAAUAUAAGAUGAUGACCCAGUCGUAUUCUCACGCGCUUAUUAUUAGUUGCAGAGACAAUAAAUGAAAUCAGCAGAGAUCAAAAUCGCAAACCAACAAGCCACCUCGUGAUUGCUUCUGUCGCCGCUGCACCUGGACUGAAUAGCAACUGAGUCAGACGGCUGGUUUUGCCCUUGGCAUAAACAUACCAUUGAAGUGCAGGGGAGGCUCCUGCUCCAAAGCUCAGGGCUUCUUUAUGUCUAGAUAAACCUUAAAAGUUUUAGAAGCAGUUUUGAAGUCAUGGGAAAUGCAUGAAAAUAUUUAUUUAAAAAUGUUAUCCUGCUGUUAAAAGAAACAUGAUUCCCGAAUGCAACUAAAACCUGCAGCAUUUAUCUUUCCAGUGGCUUUGAAAGUUUCCCUCGCUUUUUUCACAUAUUUUCACAAGCCUGGCAGUCUCUUUAGAACAUAUGUUUGGAGUUUUGGGCCAAAAAAACUAGGAUGUUCGUUUGUUUUUUUGUAUAGUGAAGAAACUAACUGCAAUAUUACUGCAUUACUAACAGAAUUAUUUAACAUCAGUAUGUACUUUUCAUAAAAGUUUGACCAAGAUAAUUCAGUAUUUUGAACAAAUAUUGCAAAAUUAUAUGCAACUUUUCAAAGAGAUAUACUUAUGACUGAAAGAGUGUAAUAAUCUUAUAUUGUCUUGCAUCACUCUGUAUUAUAAUGGGCUGUAAUGUAUAAUAUUCCUCAAAAUACAUUUACCCUUUAUGCCUCAGUCCUGGCAGAUUUUUGUUGCUUGAGAUGUGCCAGUUUAAAGUUAUAAUCAACAGAUAAAUUGGUUUACUAUUAAAGGCUUUUUCAAAUUAUUAAAUUCCACUUAAAGCUACUGUAUAUCUAAAAGUCUGAGUAAACAGGUAAAAGAUCAUUAACUAUGUCAACUAAUGAUCAAAGUCUUUGAUCAUGAGGAAAAUGUCAAUGUUAAUCUUGCAGUAAAAACAUGUUAUUUAAAAGGUGUUGACCUUCGUGUCUCUGCCAUAGAGAAUCCAACAAGUAUCCUCAUUUUCACAUUAACUAUAUUUUUUAUUCAAUUUUGGCUUUAAUGUAAAUAUGUGUCACUCAGAUUUAUGUAUAUUUAAACUAAUAUCUCAAAUAUCCCUUUUUUUCAUCAACCGGCAGUGAUCAGGCCAGUCAGAGGUCUCGAUCUGGCCUUUUGUGGGUCGGGUUCAAUUUGAUUUUUGCUCACGUGUAUUAAAAUCAAACAGAUAUCUUUCAGUUUAAGUAAACGCUGAUUGAAAAAUAUGAAUAUUAGAAAGUCUGGCUAAGCUAUAAGAAUUUAUAUUUGGCAAAUUCAGUGAUUUCCUUUUUGUUAACAGAGUUCAAAUAUAACUUAAAUCAGUCAUUAUGUAUUUUUUUUAAAUUGCUGAAUUUGUGAUCACAAUACACCCAAAAAUACUUACUAUCAAGUAUGAUUAACUUAAUGAGACACAGGUUGUGUGUGCGGGUAUGUAUGUGUGUUGUAUACAUGUACAUGAAGGCAAGGCUGUUCAUUUACAUCCAUGAAGGAUGUGUUAUACCUGAUAGUGCAUGUUUUCUGUGUAUGUGUGUAUGUGUGUGUAUGCAUGUGCACUGGAGGCUUGUCUGUUUCGUGGGUGUUUGCUUCAAUGUUUAUUUCGAUGGAGGCCAUUCUGUGAAGAGGUCGGUUUAUUUCACAUAAUUGGUUUGCAGUGUUGAGUUCUGUAAUUAUCCUUUUAUACAUUACAGCUCUUAGGACAGCAAAUAUUAGUGUCUCACCAAAGGGCAGAACCUCUUUGGACUUGAAAGGAGGUCUUAUAUGUUUGUGAUUUAUUGUGUUUGUGUCAAAUUUAUUGGGUUUCCUCUUUGUUGUUUAGACUUUUUUUUUUUUUUUGAGACUGUUUAUUCAGUUGCUGUGACUUUCUGCUUGGUUAAAGGAGAGUAAACCCGUCAGUGUUUGUCUGUUUAACCUUUUGUUUCCAAUAAAUUAAUACAUUUCUCAUACA